CCCACAGCUGUGUUGUGCACAUUGUCCCAACGUUCCAUCCUGCUUUACAGGGCGAUCGAUGCAGAACGCGUCAAUGCUGCGACAGUGCCCGCUGCUGGUACCCCAGGACCUGCAUGGGAGAGUGUAUGAUGGCUUCCUCAGCCUCCAGGUAGCACAUACACACACUGUUACUGCUGCAGUUACUGCCAUAGUAAUGCCUCUGGGAGAUAUGGGCAUUUAUACAGAGCAGCUGUCAGUAUGGUUAGGGACAAGUUUUAGGCAGUAGGAGUGUUACAAUCUCUUCUACCUUUUUCUUGGGUUUAUUGAUUGACCAUUUAGCUGCUAUAAUGAUAUGGCAGCUAUAGAUUUUAGAGUCUGUGACAUAGAUGAUAACAUGUAUUAAAAACCUUUUGUUGUACACUUUUUAUUUAAAAUACAUUCAGAUAAAUGUGUGACAACUGCAUAUAGAUGUAGCUCUGCCCCCUGUAAUAUUUCUGCAAUAGUGAGAGGCACACUAUGUUCACCCAGACCACUUCAGCUGAUUGAAGUGGUUUUGGUGCAGUGUCCCUGUCUGUCACCUAGUCCUGCAAUGUAAAACAUUGCAAUUUUUGAGAAACGGCAAUAUUGACAAUGCAUUAUUAAGGCAGCCUCCCUCUAGAGGCGCAACAGGGAUUUUACAGGUCGCCUAACUGAUGCUGGGCGUGCUCACCCAUCCAGCGUCAGCUAAAUCCCUAUAGGAAAGCAUUAAAGGGACUCUCCAGUGCCAGGAAAACAUUUGUUUUCCUGGCACUGCAGGUCCCCUGCAGUCCCCCUCCCACUCUGACUUACCUGAGUCCAGCGCUGAUAUCCCUCGGCGCUUGGUCAGGCUCUGCCUACUCUCCUCUCCCGCAGACGUCACCCGGCGGGGGAGACCUAAUGAGCUUUCCUAUGGGGAUUCCGGCGAUGCUGGAGGUCCUCAUGCAUAGCGUGAGGACGUCCAGAGUCGUUUAAAAAAACUCUUUGUGUUAAGAACACGGAAGUCCCUCUAGUGGCUGUCUGAUAGACAGUUACUAGAGAAGGACUUAACCCUGCAAGGUAAUUAUUGUAGUUUAUAAAAAUUUCAAUAAUUACACUUGCAGGGUUAAGGGUGGUGGGAGUUGACACCCAGACCACUCCAAUGGGCAGAAGUGGUCUGGGUGCCUGGUGUGCCUAUAAUGCAAGAGACCCCUAAUGCGCCCAGGACGCUCACCACACGUGUGCAUUAGGUCCCCCUCAUCUGAAGACAUCUGAGUAGGCGUAGCACCGUAAAAUGCAGAGUAAACCUCCGCUAUGUUAAUCAGAUUGUGUCUUAGUAGACCGCAUUGCUGUGAAGGAGAAAAGGUAAGUAAAAUACUUUUUUUUUUUUUUUUUAAUAUAACCUUGGCAGCAAUGGCCCAGUCACCUAAACGGUGACUAGGACACUAGCUUUAGGAAUACAUAUUUUAUUCCUAACCCUAUAGUGUUCCUUUAAAGGAUGUGUCACCUCAAAAUUAUUUUUACUUUAAUAAUUUUUUCAUCAUGGUUUGAAAGGAAAUAUAUAUAUUUAAAAUGAUGAGAAUGUAAAAAAAAAAAAAAAAAAAGUGAAAAACUGACCCUACCUUUAGUUUGGUAAAACAGUAUUUGAAUACCUACGAUUACAGGGCUAUUCACUAAACUGUAGAUUAGGGAUCGACCGAUUAUCGGUCUGGCCGAUAUUAUCGGCUGAUAUUCUGUAUUUUCAGCAAUAUUGGUAUCAGCCAAUAAAGAUACCAAUAUUGCCGAUAAUGCAGACCAGGGUCCUGGGGGGGCCCAGCACACUCUUACUUACCUUCCCUUCAUCUCCCCUGUCAAACUCUCGCGAGUCCCGCGGCUGUCGGGUUACCAUGGCAACGCUCCGCGCGGCGCAUAGGCCGCGAGAGUUAGACAAGGGAGCUGCUGGGAAGGUAACUAAGAGUGUGCUGGCUCCCUCUGCACAGUCCAUGCCACUGGAUCACCAGGGAAUGCCACAUCCUCCCUCCCUGGCCAGGUAAGAAGCAGGUAGGGGGGACUAAAACAUAAUUUAAAAAAAAAUAAAUAUAAAAAAAAAAAAAAAUUAAAAUGCCCCUGCCCCUUUUUACACACUUGGCAUACCCACACAAACACUCACUGCACAAACACACACACUACACAAACACACACACUCUGCAUUCAUGAUAUACACACAGUACACACACACACACACACUCUGCAUUCACUAUACACACUACACACUGCAUUCACUAUACACACAAUACACAAACACACACUGCAUUCACUAAUCAAAUACUAAUCCAUCCACUAAACACACAUAUAUUCUUGAAAACAUAAAUUUUGACUGGCAUGUAUAUUUAUUGCAUUUACCUUAAUAAAAAAAAAAAAAAAAUUGCAAAUAAAUAAAUAAAUAAUAAACAUGUUCAGUUAACAGUAGAGUUGUGUAGAAAUAGUUUCUUUUUUUAAAAAUGGUAAAUGUACAGAAUAUCGUUAUUGGCCUGAAAGUUCACAGAUUAUCGGUAUCGGCUCUAAAAAAAAAUAUCAAUAUCGGUCGAUCCCUACUGUGGAUUAUGUCCGCAAGGAUAAAACUGGUAAAAGUUACCAAAUUCCAACCGCAAUGGCAAUUCUCAGAUUUACUAAAGCCAAGUACAAUAUGAAUUCAGCCGGCCCAAACAAAUCCGCAUUAUUCGCCCGUAUGCAUUCAGUGUCUGGAUUAAAAUGUGCCCUAUCCCAUGUAGAACACUGGGUUCUCUAUUAUUAAGAAUAAUGUUUCACAUUAGUUUAUCAGUUAUACCAGAAUCUUACAUAGUAUAUACCACUGGAAACAGGUCAUGAUGAAAUUACUGCAAGGUGCACUAUCUCCAGUUUAAAGGGAUACUAUAGUAUCUCCUCCCUUGCUUCCCCUCCCUCAAGCCCCCCAUCCACCCUUUAUUUACUUAUCUUACCCCAGCCCCAAUGUCCCUCGGUGUGGGAUGACUCACUUCCCCUUCAGCGUCCUGCAACGAGCAGGCGCUAAUGCGCACACGCUGCAAAUGCCGUGCGCAUUAAACAUCCCCAUAGGAAAACAUUGAGUCAAUGCUUUCCUAUGGGGAAAAAAUCUGACGCUAGGUGUCAUUAUACAGAACAUGAGGACGUCCAGCGUCAGAUACCGGAUCAAAGAUCCGUUUCGAUCCAGGAAGCACCAUCAGUGACUGGAGGCAGACUUAGAGAUGCAAUGUAAACAUUACAGUUUCUCUGAAAUUGCAAUGUUUUACAUUGCAGCUCUAAGCGCAAAAGGGACACUGCACCCAGACCACUUUAAUGAGCGGAAGUGGUCUGGGUGCCUAUAGUGUCCCUUUAAUAAGUUAAUCACUCAUAUUUGGAGAGCAGUUUAUAUUGUUUUAUUUAACAAAAUUAACAUUAUAUAGCACACAAAGUUUGGAAUUUGCUUAAUCAUAGAUGUUUAACUGAAGUGGUUAAACAAAAAAAAAUAAUAUAUAUAUAUAUAUAUAUAUAUAUCUGCAAUGAUAAGCCUUCUUACCUAAGUCCCCAUCAGGGUGGCAAGCCUUUUCUGAUGCUAGGUGAUGCCCACCUUUCUUCUGCAAAUGCCAAUCUCCCUGGUCUUUCAUAGACUCUGUGCAAAUUAUAUGCAGAGAAUUGACAUUAGCCAACCUGAGGUUGCUGUUCCGGCCUGCCUACGGAUGUACUAAUGAUGCUGCUGGCAUUGGAGUGGCACCUCUAACAGCAAUUUAAAAUAUAUGUCAAUAUGUGCAGAAUUUCAUAUUGAAAAGCCCAGUACUCUCACUCCAUGACCACUACUAAUCACAGAAUUGGUUAUGUUGCUUGGAGUAACCCUUUAAAGGACCACUAUAGUGCAAGGAAAACAUACUCGUUUUCCUGGCAAUAUAGUGCCCUGAGGGUGCCCCCACCCUCAGGGACCCACUCCCGCCAGGCUGGAUGGAGAGAAAGGGGUUAAACUUACCUUUUUCUCCAGCACCGGGCGGGGAGCACUCCGCCUCAUCUCCUCCUCUUCGGCUGAAUGCGCAUGCGUGGCAGGAGCUGCGCGCGUAUUCAGCCAGUCCAUAGGAAAGCAUUCAGAAUGCUUUCCUAUGGACGCAAGCAUCUUCUCCCUGUGAAAAUCACAGUGAGAAGCGCGGAAGCCCUCUAGCGACUGUCAAUGAGACAGCCACUAGAGGCUGGAUUAACUCAUAGGUAAACAUAGCAGUUUCUCUGAAACUGCUAUGUUUACAGAAAAAAAGGGUUAACCCUAGCUGGACCUGGCACCCAGACCACUUUAUUAAGCUGAAGUGGUCUGGGUGACUAUAGUGGUCCUUUAACCCCUUAAGGACCAAACUUCUGGAAUAAAAGGGAAUCAUGCCAUGUCACACAUGUCAUGUGUCCUUAAGGGGUUAAAGCAAGCUGUGUGUGUGCAUAGAUUUGCAGAAUAACAAGUGUGUUAAGGUCUUUUUCUGAACAAUGUUUGUUUAUUUUAUGACAUUUUUUGCUCUGGAAAAAGUGCAAGUUAUCUCUGCAGACACAAGUUCAAUUAACUGGGAUUAAUGUAACUCAUUUUCCAAAAAUGUAAAUAUCUCAUGAAUAUAUAGCCUUGUGCUUCAUAACUAAUCCAUAUUUUAUGCUUCAUAACUUUUGAACUAUAAUGUAUCUCAAACAGAAAACUACCUUUAUCUAAAGGACUUUCAUAAAUAGAAAUCCAAUUUAAAUAAAAACAGAUUUUUCUUUAAAAAUAAAUAAAAAAAAAAUCAUUAAUUUUAUCCACCAUGACUUGCUUUCAAAACUUGAUGAAAUAAUUAUUGUAUUAAAAAUAGUUUUGAGGUGACUAUUGUCCUUUAAAUUUACUGCUUCACUAUUAGAAGAAUUGACAUUCGGCAUCAUACUGUUGUACACGAUGGUGUGGAAUGCUAAAACCUUUUGAUUUUGGAAGGUUUACAAGAAGUGUCUUUCAGCUGACAGCCACUAUAGGUAUGCACUCUGCAAAAUGAAAAUGUGCUGUUUCUCUGAAAUGGCAAUGUUUACAUUUGUCAUAAAAAAAUGAGUCCGCAUCAAUGCACCAAACAUUAAGAUGGAUCCAGUUACUAAUUUUUCUGUUGCCUAGGGCGGAAUUUAAAGAUAUUAGGGAUGAUGUUUCCAAUUCUAUGUUUAGUUGUAGUGGUAUUAAAUUCAGUAGAAAAAAAUAUUUUUAAACUCAUUUAUUGGGGUAUGGGGGCUUUGUAGUAUUAGAACAAAAUUGUAACUUGACACAACCUGUAUGAUUAAAACCCAUUGAUGACAUACAUAUUUUUUGUUUGUUUCCAUUUCCUUGAAGGGAGUUUUUGUUUUUUUCGCAGAUCAUAUUUUUUCUUCCUGACAGCUGAUUUUACUUUGCAUUAACAACAAACAAAAUCCGUAUAAGUAAACUGACAUCAGUACAUUAGUGAACCCAAUGCCUACAUUAUUACUGUUGUUUGCAAGAAAUGUUUUUUUGACUUGUAGCCCCUGUAAAUUGUAACUCCCCUUUUCAGCAGCAGUUCAGCAUUUCCCUUAAAUAUAAAUAGUCUUUCUCUCUAUACAUAAUAAAAAAAAAAAAAAAAAAAAGCAAAUCGCAUUUUUAAAUAGAGCUUUUAUACACAAACGUGAACUUAAAGGACCACUAUAGUGCCAGGAAAACAUACUCGUUUUCCUGGCACUAUAGUGCCCUGAGGGUGCCCCCACCCUCAGGGUCCCCCUCCCGCCCAGCUCUGGAAAGGGGAAAGGGGUUUAAACUUACCUUUUUCCAGCGCUGGGCGGAGAGCUCUCCUCCUCCGAUCCGCCCCGUCGGCUGAAUGCGCACGCGCGGCAAGAGCUGCGCGCGCAUUCAGCCGGUCGCAUAGGAAAGCAUUUAAAAUGCUUUCCUAUGGACGCUGGCGUGCUCUCACUGUGAAAAUCACAGUGAGAAGCACGCAAGCGCCUCUAGUGGCUGUCAAUGAGACAGCCGCUAGAGGGAAUGGGGGAAGGCUUAACCCAUUCAUAAACAUAGCAGUUUCUCUGAAACUGCUAUGUUUAUAAAAAAAAUGGGUUAACCCUAGAAGGACCUGGCACCCAGACCACUUCAUUAAGCUGAAGUGGUCUGGGUGCCUAGAGUGGUCCUUUAAUGCUUUUAGAAAAAUGAUAAAGUGGUUUAGUACAUGUACAUGAAUGAAAGUUGUAAGCAUAUAUUUUUUUCCCCAUUUACUUGUGCUAGUUUAAAAUUGGGACUGUGACACACAAUAUGUAUGGAUAAGGUCUGAUUCCGGAAUACACAGCAAUAGCAAGUUGCCAGAAAACUAGUAAAAAAAAAUAAACAAAUACAAAAGUUUUCACCAAGGGCAUUAGAGUAUAAACUAUUAGAACGGCUGCACACACUUUUUUUCCCUCUUACAAUAAAUUUGGAAUCCCACAAUACUCCUAAACAUUGAUCUUUUCACUAGGGAGAGAUGUAAACUAAAAACACAAAGUAGAACUGUCACAUGUUUUAUUUGUAGUGUUUAGGUGGGUGGAUUAAAAAAAAAAAAAAACAACAACAAAACAGUUGAAUUCUUUUAUGUAAAAUAUCCAUUUGACAUAAAUAAACUUGUUUCUGCCUCUUUGAAUGGACUAGUGGGCAGGUACAUAAGAUCUGAUUUGGCUUCAGUGUUGAAAUUCCUUUUUCUAAUUUACACAAGUGCUAGUUUAGUGAAUAAUCCCAAAUUUAUUGAUAGAAUUGCACAGCUAUUGUUGUUCUUAUCUUAUUUUUUUAAAUUUAUUUAAAAAAAAAAAAAAACCUUUUCCAUUCCUUAUUCUUUUUUUUUUCCACAUAGGAUAAGGAUUUUCGAGUGCGGAUAAAUUUACCUGCAGAUCUGCAGCUACAAAAUGCAAAGUAAGUAAAUUCCUAGCACAAGCUAUAUUUGUGUAAUUAUAUUUUACUUACUCAAACACCUCCAGGCUGAAUUCAGUAAACACCAAAGGCACCCACCCAAUGGUAUUAGGUUGUCCAUAUGCAUUGCAAGUCCGGUGCUUUAGGCAAUUGCCAGCCUCUUAAGCUUAGCUAAACAUCCAGGAAGUAACAAGAACAGUUGUCUGACAUCCAGAGGUGUAAAAGUGCCAAGUUCUAUUGGAAUCUGCACUUUUUGAUUAAAAGAAGAGGCCACACUACACUAAUGAAGUACUUUAGCAAGUUUGUUGGCUUGAGGUGUUUGGAGUGUUUCUUUAAAAAUAUUCAGUUUGCAGUUUACUUGCAAUUGGACUGAACUGUUUUUGCAUAAGUAACCGAAACCUGAUGGAUUCAAUGAGGUUUUAAUUCUGUCGAUAGUAAGCAAAGUGAGUCUCAUAAGAAUUUUAUCAUCUACACCGAAGAGAGUUGAUUUAAAUUAAACUGAUUAACCCUUUCUUAAUAGAUUAAAUGGUUCAGUUACCUUUAACUAUAUUUGUGUACCUUAAAUUUACCUAAAUUUGAAAAAAGUCUUCCACUUGCUAGCUGUGGGUAUUUAAUUUAUUUAUGAUUAUUUUUUAAUAGACCACUACUACUACUUAGUUAUAUAGGCUGAAAAUGGAUGUGUCCAUCAAGGUCAGCCUUUCUCAUGUGUUUUUACUAUUGUUUUAUUUUUAUAGAAUACAGUGCAGUUGGCCAUUAAAGAAUGCUUUGCAAGGAUAUCAGCAUAUUUUGAAACAGGUAUAGAUUUAUUCUUUCUUUUAAUAUUUUAGUUUUGACUGUGUACUUAAUUUUAUCAAAAUAAGCAAUAUAUCAUAUACAAAGAAGGUAAAAUUGGGUCUGCUAGAAACAAAAUCUCCCCUCCCCCGCUGUUUCUUCUAUGUAUUAGUAUAGGCUCUGCUCACUUGAAUGCGCAUCUUUUUAUAUAUUUAAAUUGUACAACAUCAUGCCCGCCCUUAAAGUGACCACAACAUCUAGGCAACGUCACAUUCUAUCACUUUAGAGGCACAGAGAUGGUGUGGACCAAUCAGAAAGUGUGUUAGCCUAUAAAAAGUUAAAGGGACACUAUAGUCACCAGAACAACAACUUAUUGAAUUUGUUCUGGUGAGUAGAAUCAUUACCUUCAGGCUUUUUGCUGUAAGAACUGUCUUUUCAGAGAGAAUGCAAUGUUUACAUUACAGCCUAGUGAUAACUUCACUGGCCACUUCUCAGAUAGCGGUUAGAGAUCCUUCCUGGUUCAUGGUUGCCUAAAAUGCAUCCAAACAUUCAGUAUCUCCUCCCUCUGCAUGCAGACACUAAACUUUCCUCAUAGAGAUUCAUUGAUUCAACUCAUCUCUAUGAGGAGAUGCUGAUUGGCCAGGGCUGUGUUUGAAUCAUGCUGGCUCUGCCCCUGGUCUGCCUCUUUGUCAGUCUCAGCCAAUCCUAUGGGGAAGCAUUGUGAUUGGAUCAGGCUACCACUUCUGAUGAUGUCAGCAGACAGCCUGUUUUUCUGAGGCAAACAGCAUGCAGAUCUAUAGCUUCAGGCUUGAAUACAGUAAGAUUUGCUAUAUUUAUGGAGGGAUGAGGAGCCCAGGGGGCUAGAUGGGGGUUUUAACACUAUAGGGUCAGGAACACAUGUUUGUGUUCCUGACCCUAUAGUGAUCCUUUAAUUUGGGCCUUUGUUUCUACCUUGAUACACGUUAGUUCUUAUAGUAAGUCUCUCUUGAUAUAUUUUGAUAUGGAACUGAGUUUGUAUUUGACUUUGUGUAAUUAUGGUAUCCUGACCCGGCUUGUUAUUUUGUUUAUCCAUAUUUCUAUAUUCCUGAUCUUUGCUACUGCUGACUUUGUCUUUAUCUUUAUUACGUUAAGUCGAGCCACUCUAAGGCCCGGUAAUACGUCUGUCUAGAACAUCUAUUUGUGGGAUUCGCUAUUCCUGUAAGUUUGGGUACGACCUUGUGACAUUAACCACUUUUAUGUAAAAUGGGACAAUUCCUCAUUAUCUUACUCUGAUAAAAGCUGUUGAAGCAUUUGUAGAGUGGGUACUAUAGCAGAGGAAAGUGUGUGUGUGUCUGUCUGUCUGUCUAAGUCUCUAAGUACCAAAACCAAUAAAUCUCAAAUAGUGGUUUUGGUGCAUCAAUGUUACAUUUUCUGAAAAUAUGCCUCCAUUUGCUGUGAACAAAACAGCCACUGAAACUACUUCCUCUGUUCCAUCCUUCAAUUUUUGAAGGGCUUUAUGUUUGACGUCAUCACACACAGCGUUAUGAUUCCAAUCACUGGUAAUGAUUUGGAUUGGGGUGAUUGCCAGGCAAGCAUUAUAUGUCCGUAUUGCUUUAUUAUGCGCAUUGGACUAGAUAGAGUUCAUUAAAGGAACACUAUAGGGAUAGGAACAGAACCAUGUAUUACUGACCCUAUAGUAUUAAAAACAUUAUCUAGCCCCCUUCCCCCCCGCCCCCAUUAAAUAUAGUAAAAUCUUGCCUCUUUUCCAGUCUACUGGUGCUGGCUCUGCCCCUGAUCUGCUUCCUAUGGAGUUUGAUGAUGCUGAAUGUCCUCAAGCAUAGCGUGAGGACGUCCAGCGUCAGACGACAAAAAGUUGACUAAACGCCCCAAAGUGGUGGUUAGACAGCCAUUAGAGUUGGAGUUAACCCUGCAAGGUAAUUAUUGCAGUUUAUCAAUAAUUGCAAUAAUUACAGUUACAUGAUUAUGGACAGUGCACCCAGACCAUUUCAAUGAUCUAAAGUGUUCAGGGUGCCCAUAGUGUUCCUUUAAAUUGUGAUGAAAUAAACAUAUCAAAAGCGCCAAAUAUGCUUGUCACAAAAGCACAGAAUCUUUGAAAAAGCCAUGAAGGGGUUAAUAUGACUCCCCCCUCACAAAACACUUUUGCUAAUUGUGUUUAAAACCUACACCUGAAAUUACUCUGUAAAUAUUUUAAUAGUCUCCCCAUUACAGAUAUCAAACAUACAAUGCUUUAAUUUUCAUGAUGUCUUAUUUACUGUAAUUUUUUGUCUUACUUUUUUUUUAGAGGUUACAACAUAGUCCUAAUUUAGCUAGUUUUAUGAUGGAGCUAAAGACUAUCUUGGUAAGUGCAUGAUAUAUAAAUGUACAAUUACAUUUAAUAAUGUAUGUGUUUUAUUGCAGUACUUGAUAAAUCCAAGGUUCAGAGGCACUUUAAAAAUUUUUGUGUUUUAUCUUUAACACUGUGUCUAUAACUUUUGCGCUAUAACUUUCCCCUGGAUAAAUUAAAGGACACUAUAGGCACCAAAACAAUCUUUGCUUAAAGGAACACUAUAAGGUCAAGAACAUAAAUGUGCAUUCAUGUCCCUGUAUUGUUAAACACACUAUUCAGGUUUUUACUUACCUUUAUUCCAGCGCCGCAUGUGUCUGCCGGCGCUGGCCCAGCGCAAAUCUGCCUCAGAAUUGAUGAUCUUAGCCAAUCCAAUGUUUUUCUAUAGGAAAGCAUUGGAUUGGCUGAGAUUGGCAGUUUUGAUGAUCUCAGCCAAGGAGGUGGGGCUGGGGGCAGAGCCAAAUGCACUCUGGCCAAUCAGCAUCUGCUCAUAGAGAUGCAUGGAAUCAAUGCAUCUAUAUGUGGAAAAUUCAGCUUUUCCAUGCAGAGUGUGGAGACAUUGAACGUCAGUGCUGCACAAUUUAGGAAGCACCUGUAGUGGCAGUCUGAGUGAAUGCCACUGGAAGUGUCCCUAGGCAGAAAUAUAAAUGCUGCCUUUUCUGAAAUGAAUGUGCACAUCCUUCCUAAACACUUCUUGUAAAGAGAGAAGCUUAUGUUUAAACUUGCUUUAUUGCUCAUUCUGUUUAGAAUUUCUAAUCUCAUGAUCGAUUAGUAUACUCCUAUAUCUUGUAGGAGCUUCCUCUAUAAAAUUGUAAUUUACAAUUUUAUAGAGGAAGUUACAGAGCAGGAGAUAAAAACUUCUUAAGCUAGUUAACAUACGAUUUAAAAAUGAAACUAAUUUUUUUUCAUGCAGGCUGUGACCAGGGCUGAAUAAACAUAAACAUGAGAUUUAACUACCAAAUGGCAGAGAACCGAGCAGUGAAACUGCUUCAUUAAGCUAAAGUUGCUUUGGUGCCUAUAUUGUCCCUUUAAAGUAAAUUAAAUUGCAUAAGAUCUUGCCCUAGCUAUGACAAGUCCAGAGAGUAACAGUUUAAGAUAUAGAUUUUUUUAUUUUUUUUGUGCAAAAGUUAGUUCAGACUGAUCUAUAAAGCAAAUACAUUGAAAUGGUCAGAACAUAUACUCAAUUAGGCAAAGAACAGCAACAACCACCGUGCCCAGCAAACUGGAUGCUUUCAAAGCUUCUUCACACAGAAUGUGAAGAUUUUCAGUUGCUGAAAGUCUUCACCUGAAGGGGCCUCUAAUGGCUGUUAUUAAGAGCCACUGGAGAUAUCCUGACUGGCAAAUGAUAACCAUUGCUGUUUUUUCACAACCAGAUAUGUUUAGAUUCGUCAAACUGCAGAGACAGGGCCAAUACACAAAAAACACUGAUUUUGGUUAGAGUAAAUCUUGCUGUGGCAGCGCAUCCCCCAAUGGAAAAAAGACAGAAAGCUCAAGCUUAAGCUCUUUUCUAGCACCAAAUUUUCACUUAAACCCAAUUCUCCAUAGCUAGUUCACUUCCAAUUGCUCAAGACUGGCUAUGGUGGACUGAAGGAAGGACGUGGGCAGCUUGCUGGCGUCAGAUACCAAUUUUAUACAGGAUUGACAUUAUCCAACGUGGAACUCUGGUUCCAGGCUGUCUAAUGAUGCUGCUGGAGUUGGAGUCACACUCUAGACAGCAGAGCAGUUAAUCUCUGCAUGUGCAGCCUUUAAUAGCAAAAUCACAUUGUAUUAAAGGGACACUAUAGUCACCAUAACAACUACAGUUUAUUGUAUUUGUUCUGUUGGUGUAAUCAUUCCCUGCACGCAUUUUCAUGCAAACACUGCCUUUUCAGAGAAAAAGACUCCUUCACUGGCCCCUCCCCAGCUGGCCACUAGAGGUGCUUCCUGUGGCAAUGCUGCACAGUGUGCUUUUCAGCAUCUGCAUGGAGAUGCUGAACUUUUUUCAUAGAGAUGCAUUGAUUCAAUGCAUCUCUAUAAAGGGGUGCUGAUUGGCCAAGCCUGCAUUUGGCCCCGCCCCUGUCCCGUUUCCUUGCCAAUUUCAGGCAAUCCAAUGCUUUUCCCUAUGGGAAAGCAUUGGAUUGGCUAAAAAUCAUAAAUUCUAAUGUCAGCAAGGAGGCGGAUUGGUGCGUGGCGAGGGCCGGCGGACCUGCGCGGCACUGGAAAUAAGGUAACUUUUUUUUACAAUUACCGUUUAAGAUGGGUAGGGGGGAGGGGCACCUAAAUGAUGGUUUUAACACUAUAGGGUCAGGUCAUUUUCGUGUUCCUGACUCAAUAGUGUUCCUUUAACUCUAACUUAGUCAAUUGCAAAAGGCUAAAGCUAUAUCUAAAUCUUGAGAAUAUUCAUUUCCACUUCAUCAUCUCUUACUGAUUUUUAAUAAUCAUACAUUGUAUGCAAGGAGUACUGCAGAACGAGUAUAUUUAUUUGUGUUUCUAUGUAUAUUAUUUCUACAUGCUUGAAAUAGUUGACUUUUUGUUUUUAAGAAACUGUUUUAUUGCAUUAAAUAUUUAUUUUAUAUCUGUAUUACACUUUGAAUGUAUGUUGUUUUAGGAAGCUGCUCUGAAGAAUACAAAUGUAUUACAGACACCUCCUGCCCCUCAGUACUAUUCUUGUCUUGUGAAAGAUAUUGAGGAUCUGGGCUGGGAUAAGUAUGUAUGAGUCUAAAUUAUUAUUAUUAUUAUUUUUUUUAUAUAUACAUCUGACAAAGUGUAAUUCACUUUGAAUGCGUCUGUAUUUUGAUAAAUGGACAUAUAGAUAUUAAAGGAACACUCCAAGCACCAAACCUAUAGUAUGCCAAGAGUGGUUUGAGGAGUGUCGACCCCAUUGUAAGUAAUCAAACCGUUUGUUAAUGACUUUUUGUCUGGGGUCAGCCUUGUAGCGGAGGCCUGGUAUUUCACAGGUUAACUCCACUAAGAUCCCAGUGAGGCUCAGGAACAAGUGAUGAAAAAUCCCAUAAAGUAAUAAUUCCAGCAAGCAAGGUAAUCCAAGAAUAUCCCCAUAAAGAUCCCAAUGACUGGACGACACACAGCAUCAGGAGCAGAACUAACGUUUAUUCCACACAACCUCCUUUUAAGCAUUUCUCCCAUGCAAGGGAGGGAUUCACAUUCAUUAAGACAGUACCCAAUGAAAUAGCAGUUACCUCCCACACAUCUCCUCCCCUUAGUAUGACACCUAAUCCCAUUAUACAGGUUAUAGUUUUCCCCAAGAUCUGGAUGUACCCCAAGAUUAGCAGGUACACCAAUACUUUGGGUACCCCCUGGUAGCCCUGAUCUGGGUGACCAACAUAUCCAAAAUUCACCCAGAGCAGACCAGGGGUUCAGGAGUUAGGUGGAGGGUGAAAUUUGACAGACCGCACACGAGGUGGUAUCCGAAAAGGGUUCCAUGCGUUUUGGCCCUGCGGUCGGUCUCCGUUCGGGAUUUAAAAACACAUAAAAACCUGCCAUCAACUAAUACAGUUAUGUUCGCAUGAUUUCCCUCAUGCGGUACUCUAAACUCACCGAACGGGGGGCUGAUUCGCCUUCCCGUUCGUGAGUUAUGGAGCUCUGGAGGUUUCAGCGGUGUUCGGGUAAUCGAGUGUCUGAUUUGAGUUCCAGACACUCGACGACCAAACACCGCUGAGCCUUUCGUGCGUAAGAUGGCCGCCACUACGUGUUCGCAUGCCGAAUGGCGGCCACACAGAUAUAUACAUAAACCACCUAUUAGUCUGCGGUUAGCAAGCACUAUGCAGCUUAACGAGGGACACACUUCACUCUGGGGUGGUCUAUUAGUUUGGUAGUUUCCAUUUGUAUGAAAUACAGAUGGAAACUACCGAACAAUCAUACGAAUGCUACUUACAAUUAAAUACAAAGCAGAAACAACACACGAAUUGCAGGAUUCUCAUAGUCUUUAAGGACAGCCACAGUCCCAUCCGCUACACUGCUCCCCCUUGCCCACAAGCCGGCAUACACAGUCUGAUCCAACACGGAUCAGCUUGGGGAUGUCUGGGGAUGCUCACGGAUCAUUCUCCAGGUCUGUUUGUCUUGACAACCCGUCAGCGUUCCCAUUCUGUUUGCCCGGGCGGCACUGAAUGUUAAAGUCAAAGGUCUGCAACGCCAAGCUCCACCGCAGCAGCCUGGCAUUGUCCCCAGCCACCCGGUUCAGCCAUACUAACGGGUUGUGAUCCGUGAGCAAGGAAAAGGGCUGUCCAUACAAAUACGGCUGCAGUUUCUUCAGGGCCCACAACACAGCCAGGCAUUCCUUCUCGAUGGCGGCGUAGCUUACUUCUCUGGGUAACAACUUGCGACUGAUGUAAGCCACGGGAUGUUCUCCGCUAUCGGCCCCGACUUGGCUCAGUACUGCUCCGAGUCCAAACAUAGAAGCGUCUGUGUGAACAAGAAAACGUUUAGUUGGAUUGGGAGCUGCCAAGACAGGGGCAUUUAUCAGUGCAUUUUUCAGGUGCUGGAAUGGCUGCUCACACUCCGGGGUCCAGGUUACUUGGCGGGGAAGGUUCUUACGGGUCAGGUCAGUCAGGGGUUUGACCAGGGCGCUAUAGUUAGGGACGAAUUUCCGAUAAUACCCUGCUGUUCCUAAAAACGCCAACACCUGAGUCUUAGUCCUAGGGGUGGGCCAUUGGGCUACGACCUCUACUUUGGCUGGUUCUGGCUUCUGCUACCCACAGCCUACCCGAUGUCCCAGGUAUUGUACCUUGGCCAUCCCUAUACUACAUUUGGCUGGCUUCAGCGUUAGACCUGCUUCCCUAAUUCUGUCUAGGACCGCUCCUAUAUGGGCCAAGUGCUCCUGCCAGGUAUUGCUAAAGAUGGUAAUAUCAUCUAGAUAUGCACAGGUAUAGUCUUGGAACCCAUCUAGGAGGCGGUCCACCAUCCGCUGAAAGGUAGCCAGGGCGUUUUUCAUCCCAAACGGCAUGACCUUAAAUUGGUACAAACCGAAUGGGGUGACAAAGGCCGACUUAAGGAUGGCGUCCGGGGCCAAGGGAAUUUGCCAGCCAAUACCCCUUACACAAGUCAAUGGUAGUGAGGUAGUGGCCCCUGGCCAUCCUAUCCAGUAAUUUGUCUAUCCUGGGCAUGGGAUAGGCGUCAGACACGGUCUUCUCGUUCAGCCUCCGGUAGUCCACACAAAAGCGGGUCGUACCAUCCCGUUUUGGUACAAGGACUACCGGGGAAGCCCAGGGGCUGUCGGAGGGUUCAAUUACCCCAAGCUGGAGCAUCUCUUCGAUCUCCUUGCGCAUAUUUUCCCGCACCGCUUCAGGGAUGCGGUAGGGGGUCUGGCGCAUGGAAAGUUGUCCUGGGGUUUCUACCCGGUGUGUGGCCAGAGGAGUGUAUCCAGGUAUAUUAGAGAAGAUGUCUUGCUUCUCUCUUAACAGUUGUUGUACCUCGAUCCGCUCCUGAGGGCUCAACCGGUCUCCCAGUGCAACCUCCCCUAAAUCUCCUGACAACUGACCGUCUACCAGCAGGUCUGGGAGAGGCAGCCUGUCAAACUCAUUUGAAUUGGGCGCACAUAUAGCGGUCAUCUCCUCGGAGCGCUCCUGGUAGGGUUUCAUCAUGUUCACAUGGAGCAUGCGGCGCCCUCCAGUUCCAACGCAAGAGCCGAUUAUAUGCCAGGCGGCCUGCAACUUAUCAUGACGGACAGGUUUUAAAAUUAAAGACCAGGUGGCUUUUGACCAAAGUUAUAGUGGCUCCUGAGUCGUGGAGCCCUUGCUCAGCUUUACCCUCUAGAUAUACGGUCUGUCUGUGAUGUUGGCGGUUAUCCGCGUUGGCCUGUACAGGGUCUGCCUCGUGCAGUACUUCCCACUGUUUCAUGGUGGUAAUGGGAACUGCUGAACCAUAUGGUGUUGGGAUUACGUCCUGGUAGUAGUGGGCUGCGGCUGCUCUUGGUGGUGGUGGUGGUGGUCCUGGUCGGAUCCAGGUGGAUCGAUCCCGUAGUUAUGGGCAUUCUCAUUUAUAAUGCCCCCAUUUCUGGCAGUAGUGACAUGGAAUCGGAAUCGUGGUUGUGCAGCAGGUGCUGGUGGUGGUGGUAGUUGUCGCGGUGGAACUGUGGGGUAGUUUGUUCCCCCAAAGGUUUUUAAUGUGGUCUUUGGAACUACUGGUUUCUGUUGCCUGCGUGCGUCCAGGUAGUCAUCUGCUUUCCUAGCAGCCUCUAUGAGGGAUGCAGGGUUACGGUCCCUUACCCAUUUGCUAUUUUAAAGGGACACUGUAGGCACCCAGGCCACUUCAGUGGUCUGGGUGUAAUGUCCCAUGUCUUUUAACCCUACAGUGGUAAUUAUUGCAGUUUCUGAGGAACUGCAAUAAUUACAUGCUAGUGUUAACUCCUCCUCUAGUGGCUGGGACUUCUGGGUGAUUAGACGACUUUUGAUCGUCUAAAUGACUCUGGACAUCCUCAUGUUAUGCAUAAGGACUUCCAGCAUCACCGGAAUUCCCAUAGGAAAGCAUUGAAUAAUGCUAUCCUAUGGGGAAAUCCUAAUGCUAGCGUGACCAUUGCCACGCAUGUGCAUUAGGUCUCCCCUGCUGGCUGGCGUCAGCUAGCGCGGGCAGAGCCUGAUCCCGCACCAAGGGAGAUCAGUGCUGGAUUCAGGUAAGUGACUGAAGGGGUUUUAACCCCGUCAGCGCUGCGAGGGAGGGGAUACUGUAGGAACCUUUAGUGCCAGGAAAACGGCUUUGUUUUUCUAGCGCUAUAGAAUCACUUUAAGGAAGCAAAUGUUAACACUUUAAAAGAAUGUAUUUUAGCCGAUUGCUCUGGUAGUGGAGGUUCAAAAACGGAUUGACUCCUAACCAGGGGGGUGGGCUGAAGUAGUUAUGGUUCUUGAAGUGGCCCUUUAAAAGUACCAUAUGAAAGACCACAAAAUGUUCCCAUCUGAUCUCUUCUUCAAUGAACUCAACACUGUCCAUGUGGAGAUGCAUGCUUCUUUCCAUGUUGUGCAGUGGAUAUUGCUGAAGCAAUGUUAUUAGUUUGCUGUUGCAUUUAUGGUUAGAAUGAAGACUUGCAGAAAAGAGAAGCAUCUUGCACAGCAGCUUGUGCAGGAAGCGUGUGUUUAUAGGUCUUUAUGAGGUGCUCCUGGCUGGUGUGUCUUGUAGUAUCAGCAGGAGGCAGCACUCUGGGGAGUUUGAUAGCUUCCGUCCUGUACACUUGUCUAUUAGGGAGAGAGUGUGUGCCCAGUAGUGUGUUAAGCUAGGGCAGCUCCGCCAAAUGUGUAGCAUAGAGCCCCGGUCUGUUUUUUAUCUCCAACAUGUGUCGGAGUAGGGGGGUGAGAUUUUUGCAAACCUCAUCGGUACCAUGUACCACCUGUACAUGACCUUUUUUAAGGUUUCGUUGUGGGCUGCAUUAAAUGUUGUACCUUUGUGGGCUAAAAAAUGCUCUGUGCCAUUGGGCCUCUGUUAUUUCAUGGCCUAUGUCUUCCUCCCACGCUUUAAGGCAGGGGAGUGCAGAAAGAGAAAGUGGGGCUUGUAAGAGUUUAUAUAUCACAGAGAUGCCCUUUUUCGGUGCGGAGAGCGAUUGUGUGCUGUGUCGACUAUGGGUCUCCUGUAAAGCCUGAAAGGGGAUCAGUGCAUCGUGGGUAUAUAGUUGGUGCAGGUUGUGUACUCCUGCUUGGGCCCAUAGGUGAAUGUUAAAGUCAGUGAUAAAUCUGGUCACCAUGUGAAUAGACAUGGCCAGGGACAUUGGUGAGGAGGGACAGAGCUUUGCCCUAGGGCUAUCCCAUACUUGAAGUAUGGUGGUCGUGGAGGGUAAGUUGUGUGGCAUAUGUGGGCGGGAUGCUUUCGGGAGCCAGAACAUUUCGGCAGCACUAAGAUUUGCCCAAUGCUCCGCUAUGUGUACCCAUUGCGGUGGCUCAGGCCCUGCCAAGGCCGUGGCUACAUUGUUCAGAGUUGCUGCUAGGUAGUAGCACUUAAUAUUCGGUAGUCCCAUGCCACCUUCCCUUGGGGUCACCUGUAAUAUUGUUGCUUUAACUCUGGGUCACCUCCCACUCCAAAGGAACUUAUUAAUUGCUUUUUGUGCCGUGGUGAAGAAAGAUCCGGGAAUCUUGAAGUGAAGUGUUCUGAAGAUGUAUUGUAGCUUAGGUAGGAUAGACUUCUUUAUGUCAGCCAUUCUGUCCGUCCAGGAUAUGAAUUUGCUUUGCUAGGACAUCAUUAGGUCCGAGACAGAUUUUUAGAGUGGAUAGGUAGUUCGAGUGAUACGGGUGGGUCAGGUCCUUUGGGAAAGCUAUUCCCAUUCAUUGUUUUUGUUACAUAUAGUGAUUGCCUUCUACUAUUUAUAUGAAUUAAAAAAAAAAAAUAAGACGCUGUGAUCGAGAAUCCCUAGUUAAUGAUAAUAUACACAUAAAACAGAAUUGUAAUACUUUGCUGAAAUUAUUAUAAAUGUUUUUUGUACUUGUGGGUUCCUGGAAACAUCUCUCAGAAAGUGUAUAAAGUUUAUCUUGCAAUCUGUAAUGUAAUAUAUUUAAAAGAGUGUCUGAUAUUUAGUAAUUGGAUCUUAUUACUGUGAUGAAUUAUCAGUCAUUAGCAAUAUAAAGGGAAUACAUUUGACAAGUUAGAUUUUUCCAGUUUAGGAAAGAUGUAGAGUCUUAUGUUAAGUUAUGGAAUUGAAAUAAAUUACAGGAAAAUAUAUUAAUUUUAAUUUGCAGAUAGCUGUAAUUUCAUGGACUAGAUAGCAAGGCCUGCACCUUUAAUAUGCAAAUAUGACUGUCAAAGUUUAAUCCUAUUUAAAUUACCUCAUUGGAAACUUAAUUACAUUGUUCGGACUUGGACAAAUAACAAUGAAAUCUCUUGGCGCAGGACAUUUAGAACAGCUGCAUCAAUUUAAAAUGUUGAUAUUCAAUAGAAUAGUCACAUACACAGAAUCUACUCUCUGGAAAUUUAUGUCACUAUUUUAUGUGACUGGGAUUUUUAAAUAUUUCACUGCAACGCUAUUUAAACAAGAACUAAAACGUUUAUAUAUUUUUAAAGUUACUAAUUAAAACAAAAUUACUAAAUACAAAGUGUUUGUGUGUAAUUUACUUAUUUUUGUUUGUAAUGGUAAUUUUAAAUAAUACUAUAAUUGGAAAUAUUUUUUUCAUUUCAUUUUUAUAGUGCAUUAUAAAGAUAGUGCAAAACAGUAUUGGCGCUAAACUGCAUUAGUGCUUGCAAUGUUUAGUAGGCUGGUCUCCAUCCACGUGCCCCUUCUUCCCGCACAAGGAAAAGGAACUCCAAACGUGCCUCAUUUUGGUCUGUGGGGUCUAUUCUUAUCCCAUAAACCACUGAGGAGGAGGAUUUUUAAGGAAUCCGUUUGACCCUUUAGGCAUGGUGUGUCAUCAGUAAGCCACAGUCUUUUCUCUCCCUUGCAUUGUGAGAUAAUGGAUAAUUCAAUAGCUGAAACCUAUGACUUACAAGUCCUCAUGGUUUUACAUAUAUAUUAUCGAAAUACUUUUAUUUUUGGAAUUCAGAGGAUCUUAAAGGCACACUAAUGUGCAUGCAUACAUCUACAAUGUUUUUUUGUAUAUUUAUUUUUACAUUGCCUCUUGGAUCCUACGAUCAACACCUAAGAAAAUAUAGCUUUCCAUAACCCAUAAGACAUAAUGUACUUUUUUACUAAUGAAAUGUAUUGCAUAUGUACAGACUGUGACUAGCUGUAUGGCAAUCAUACCUAUAUGACCUGGUAAUACUUUUCUUCUCUCUUCUUUUUUUUUCCUCCGAAUGAAACUAAUUGUGAUUCUAAAAAAUAUAUUAGACUAGAUUUUCUUUUUGGCUUACCUGAGGGUUGUUACCUUCUACCUCAAGGGAGUUCAGCCUCUCUCCAAUGGGAAGUCUUCAGUACAUGGCCCUGUGCAAAGGUGACUGCCUGAAGAUACCCCUUUAGUGCUGUGACCCUAGGGGUAGCAAGAUCAUGCCAUCACCAUAAUUACUGCAGUGAACAAGGGGUAGCAGGCUGGGCAUGCACAUACAGAGCAUAUGGAUUUACUUCUUGUUACCCGAAGGGUAGCAAGAUUAUGCCAUCAUCCUAUUCCCUGCAGUGACCAAGAGUAGCAGGCUGGACAUGCACAUGCAGAGAAUAUGCAUUGCAAGGAUUUUAUGAGAUUGACUAACAUUUCAUCCCUGAAGGAGUUAAUGUGAGACGGACUCGCAUUCCAUCAAUGAAAGGGUUAACAUAAAACUCUGUCUUGUACUUUCCGUGGCUUUACUUGCAGUGACCCUAGAGGUAGCAAGAUUAUGUCAUCACCCUAUUUCCUGCUGUGCCCAAAGGGGAGGCAGGCUAGGCAGGCACAUACAGAGUAUGUAUAUGUGUGUGUGUGUGUGUGUGUGUGUGUGUGUAUAUGUAUGUAUGUGUGUGUAUAUAUAUAGAUAGAUAGAUAGAUAUAACCCCUUCUACCCUUCAUUGGUUUCAUCUAAACUGUAAGAGUUCUCUGCUAAUUUGAAUUUCAAUCAAACUUAUUCCUAGGCUUCUGUGUCUUUUAAUAUAUCCACUGGAGUCACUUAUUUCUAGGCCUCUCUGGCUUUUAAUAUAGCCACUGGAGUCACUUUUCCCAGGCCUCUGUUAAGCCUUUUAAUAUUGCUGCUGUUUUACUUAAAGGACCACUAUAGAAACAUAGAAUGUGACGGCAGAUAAGAACCAUUCGGCCCAUCUAGUCUGCCCAAUUUUCUAAAUACUUUCAUUAGUCCCUGGCCUUAUCUUAUAGUUAGGAUAGCCUUAUGCCUAUCCCACGCAUGCUUAAACUCCUUUACUGUGUUAACCUCUACCACUUCAGCUGGAAGGCUAUUCCAUGCAUCCACUACCCUCUCAGUAAAGUAAUACUUCCUGAUAUUAUUUUUAAACCUUUGUCCCUCUAAUUUAAGACUAUGUCCUCUUGUUGUGGUUUUUCUUCUUUUAAAUAUAGUCUCCUCCUUUACUGUGUUGAUUCCCUUUAUAUAUUUAAAUGUUUCUAUCAUAUCCCCCCGUCUCGUCUUUCCUCCAAGCUAUACAUGUUAAGAUCCACUUCAGCUUAAUGAAGUGGUCUGGUUGCCAGGUCCAGCUAGGUUUAACCAUUUUUGCUGUAAACAUAGCAGUUUCAGAGAAACUGCUAUGUUUACCUAUGGGUUAAUCCAGCCUCUAGUGCAGUGAUGGCGAACCUUUUUGAGCCCGAGUGCCCAAACCGCAAUACAUGCCAACUUUUUUUUCCUCAAAGUGCCAACACGCCAAUUAAACUUAGGGGUGGGGGGGGGGGGGUGCUGUGUGUGGGGGUUUGGGGUGCUGUGUGGGAAGGUAGGGGUGCUUUGUGUGGGGCAUAGGAGUUCUGUGUGUGGGGAGGUAGGGGUGCUCUGUUGGGGGUGUAGGGAUGCUCUUUUGGGGGGUUAGGGGUGCUCUGUUGGGGGGGUAGGGAAGCCCUGUUGGGGGGUAGGGGUGCUGUGUUGGGUUAGCGGUGAUCUGUUGGGGGGGUAGGGGUGCUAUGUUGGGGGGGGUUUAAGAUACAUUAAAAACGUUUGUGCAUUCACAACUAUCUGCCAAUUUUAUUACAUUAUUAUAUGCCUCUAUGUUUGGUUUUAGUCAUUCACUAGCUUUAUUGUCCUAUUUCUAUGUCUCUGUACUUGGUAAUAGGCUAUUUGCUAUUCUGUUCCUUCAUCUCAGGCUUUUGACCUGUUUUAUUACAGGGGCCCUAAGUUUCCAUACCUAUUUGAGUUUUUUCCUUGUCAUUUAAUCCUUGUGAAUAUGCAGGCGCUAGUCAAACUGUCGCGCCAUGCCGUUUCCACGCAUGAGCGAAAAUCUGAUUCUCUUGUGCCUGUUCUGAAAUGUAAGUCCAGCUGCAGUGGUUGCAGUGUCGUAUUGGCUCCCCCCUUUAAGCAUAAUUUUUUCUUAUAAGUUUCCUAUAUUAAGAAAGUAGAUUUGUUUUCAUCUUAUUUGAAUUUACCUUUUUGGUUUUGGUAAGUUUUUCUUUAUUGAUGGUAUAUUACAUCUUUUUCUAUAUCUUUCAAUCUCCACUAAGCAGAGAUUUGCUUUGUUGAUGAUAAAAAGGAAUUUUAUGCUUCUUAGAUACAUAGGUAAGCCAUUCUAUUUUUUCCUGUCGUUAAUAAACAAGAGUGCCUAUUAAUAAUUGGAAUUCCCUAUGAUGAUAGCUGUACGGGAAGAAAAUCAUCCGGAUCAUACAAGGGAAGUCGCCCUAAAGGAUCCUUUCUGAGGCAUAUGAUAAGAGAGCCUUGUAAAAGUCUGCACAGACUGCCUGAAAGUGGCUACAGGCCAAUCUACUCCUGUGCCAUAUAUUAUGAAAAUGAUAUUUUUCUCAUUUACCUAAAUAAUUUAUGUAAAUAAUAGUCAGCAUAAUUCUCAUGUUAUAAACUAUUAAGAGUACAAUUCAAAUUUUAUUGAACAAAACCUCCUAAUGAUAACAGUAUUUUUUUUAAAACUUAAAAAACUUUCAAUGCACUGUUCCAAAUUAUUACACACAGUAAGUUUCUAAACACUUUAUAGGUUGUAAAGAACUGAAAAUUGUCAUUUGUUGUGUUUGCAGCAUAUUUACUGAAAUCAAAAGCUAUUUCAAUCAAACUUAUUACAACAUUUUAACUUUUUAAACAUUUUAACAGGUCACGUUACAUUUUAUCAUAGGACCCCUUAUUUGAUAGCAGUUUUACAGCCAUUGAACUUGUGAGUUUUUGGACAGUUUAUGCUUGAAUUUGUUUGCAAGAUGUCAGAAUAGCCUCCCAGAGCUGCUGUUUGGUUGUAAACUGCCUCCCCUUCUCAUAUAUCUUUUAAUUGAGGAUGCGCCAAAGGUUCUCAAUAGGAUUGAGGUCAGGGGAGAAUGGAGGCCACACCAUGACUUUCUCUACUUUUUUCCCCAUAGCAGCCAUUGAUGCAGAGGUAUUCUUUGCAGCAUGAGAUGGUGCAUUGUCAUGCAUGAAGAUGAUUUUAUUACGGAAAGCAUAGUUCUUCCUUCUGUACCAGAGAAGAAAGUGGACAGUCAGAAACUCCACAUACUUUGCAGAGGUCAUCUUUACACCUUCAGGGACCCUAAAGGGGCCGACUAGCUCUCUUCCCAUGAUUCCGGCCCAAAACAUGACUCCACCACCGCCUUGCUGACGUCGCAGCCUUGUUGGAACAUGGUGGCCAUCCACCAACCAUCCACUACUCCAUCCAUCUGGACCAUCCAGGGUUGCAGGGCACUCAUCAAUGAACAGGACUGUUUGAAAAUUAGUCUUCAUGUAUUUUUCUGCCCAAUGCAGCCGUUUCUGCUUAUGAGCAUUGGUUAGUGGUGGCCGAAUAGAAGGUUUAUGCACAGUUGCAAGACUCUGGAGGACUCUACACAUUGGUGUUGGUGGGACUCCAGAGGCACCAGCAGCUUCAAAUAUCUGUUUGCUGCUAUGUAAUGGUAUUUUAGCAGCUGCCCUCUUGAUCCAAUGCAUGGAUCUGGCAGAAAUCUUUCUCAAUGUGCCUUUAUCUGCACAAACCCGUCUGUGCUCUGAAUCAGCCACAAAUCUCUUAAUAGUGCGAUGAUCACGCUUAAGUUUUUGUGAAAUAUCUAAUGUUUUCAUACCUCGUCCAAGGCAUUGAACUAUUUCAUUGUUUUCAGCAGCAGAGAGAUCCUUUUUCUUCCCCAUAUUGCAUGAAAAUGGUGCUCUGCCUAAUAAUGUGGAACACCCUCCUUUAGUAGUUUUUCCUUAAAUUGGGCUCACCUGGCAAUCUAAUUAUCACAGGUGUCCGAGAUUGUUUUCAGUGAUCAAAAGACCCCUGAGACACAAUGCCAUCCAUGAGUUAAACUGAAAAACAAAAUAUUUCAUCUUUGUGACACUUAAAUAGAAUUUGCAUAAUAAUUUGGAACAGGGUGUAUUAUGCAAUAUCAAACAGGAGGUAUCUCAACGUCAUAGAAGCUGUUAUAGCUAGGGUCCUCUGAACAAUUCCCAGAAUGAAUAUUCAGGAAUCCUUGGCGAUAUAUACAUUCAGAGAUAUGGAAUCAUCAGAUGAGGGUAUUCAGCCUAUUUCAGUAGUUCCAGAAUCCGCUCACGUGGACCAUUUUGAUUUCCAGAGUCCGCAGGUGCUUAUGCCUGAAAGAAUCUAAGGUUGAGCCUUCUACCUCUAGCCUUUCUUUUUGGACAUCAGAUGGUGCAGAGCAUCUUUCCCAGUUCCCGGUCCGCUUAAGAUCCUUAAUGGAGGAAUGGUUCUACACUAAGAGAAUUUUUUAACACAAAGGAGUAUCUCAGUCUUCAUCCAUUGGGAUUUCAGACUCUAGUACCGGAGACUCUGCUCUUAAGUGGACAGUGCAGUACUAAGACUGGCUAAAUGUUCUACUCUGCCUGUAAACAAUGCAGGUUUUCUCUGAGACUCCAUAGAGUAUAGAUGGUCUUGAUUCUCUCUAAAGCCUAUGUGGCAGCUGGCACAGGCUUUCAUCUUGCAGUAAGCUCUUGCGUCAAUCUCUAAGGAUCUAAAAUUGGUAGGAAUACUACCUUUCUUGUGAAUAGGCACAACAUUCACAAAAUUCCAAUCUUGUGGGACUACUCCUGUUAACAACGAUUGGUUAAAUAAAUCUGUUAAUGGUUUUGCUAGUACACCACUAAGCUCUUUUAAUAACUUUGGAGGAGGAUGCAAAGCAGAUACUCCCACAUCUAAUGUAAAAAGAUAAAGAUAAAAUAGACCCCUACAUUUACAUUAAACUUACUUGGAAAGGGGUUGCUAAAAAAAGAAAAUAAUAAUAAUUUUGACUUCUCCAUUUUAUGUUGUGCAACAACAAUUAAGUAAUAACUGCAGAGAUGCUUAAAUGGACACUGUAGUAAUUAUAACCAUCUAUGAAUUGGUUAUAGAGCCUGGAGUCCCUUGGCACUGUCCGUCCAUUCAGUGUUAAACUGAUUUCAAGCAGUCUAACGCAACAAAAUCUCAAAAUUAUACUUUAAUCUUGGUUUUCUACAUGAGUAGUUAGAAAGUUAGAAUGACAGCUUUUUAUAUAUAUAUAUAUAUAUAUAUAUAUAUAUAUAUAGUGAUGUCCCGAACGGUUCGCCGCGGACUCAUCAUUGAGUAAACUUUGACCCUGUACCUCACAGUCAGCAGACACAUUCCAGCCAAUCAGCAGCAGACCCUCCCUCCCAGACCCUCCCACCUCCUAGACAGCAUCCAUUUUACAUUCAUUGUGAAGCUGCAUUCUUAGUGAGCUGUCCAGGAGGUGGGAACAGUUCGGGACAUCACUAAUAAUUUAUAUUAUAUUUGGUUUUGGGGACAUAAGCCUUAUAAUAAGAAAUUUCAAUAAUAAUAUAAUAAGAAGUAAGCACCAGUCGGUUGUGGUGUGCCAGAACCGACGUAUGGGGUAGGCCUGUAAUAAGAGGGCAAAAAGUUUAUGUAUACAAAUAACCUUUAUUACAUACAUGUUACAAAGUUAAACCUUUUAAAUGCUAAUCUCAAUUCCUGUCCUGGCUGAGGUAUAUAACUGGUAUAUGCUGCUGACUUCCAGCGUCCUAACCUUUUAAUGAUAUGAACAGGGACAUUGUGGCUUGACGCCGCGGAAGCGGCUUCAAUUCUGAAGGAGUUGACAGAAAAAGCAGAGAGGUCAAGACCGAGUCUAAUGAAGUGUUAUUAUGUAGAAAAUGAAUUUAGUGGUCAGAGGUUUGGCAUGUAAAAGGAGUAAUGGCGUAUUUGGGUUAAGACCGUCAAGUGUGGAACAAUAUGUGUCCAGUAAUUUAACUGGACACCUGUGAUUACCGGUGGGGUAAUAGCAUACUUUAGUAGGAGGGCCUAACUGGUUUGUUUUGGUGUGAUCAAUGGUAAGAACGUAAUGGUCUGUAUCUUUUUUUAGACUCCUAAUUUUCAGGUGCAGUUGGUUGGACGUGAUGUUAUUGGUAGUGAAUUCAUUUGGCCUUAAAAAGACAUAGAAGGCUAGAUAAGCUGACAUUUUAAUUACCAGAUUAGUGCUUGUUUCAAAUGGACUGGUGUCUAGAAUGUCUGAAAGUGCUCAAAACUUAGGCCGUCAAUAGGAAGUCUGGUAUUGGGUUUGUCCAUGUGUUGGAUACCUUUCAGAAUUUUUUUAACUGGAUAGGUAGACAUGAAAGGAUUCGUACUAGGGUAGGCACUUAGGAUGUGAUGUAUUCCUGUGAGGUAGAGUUUUAUGGUGUUUAAUGAUAAUUUUAAGUUAUGGUGGCAAAAGGAGAUAAACGCCACUAUGGAGUUGAGGUAGUGUGUGUCGCCAAUCUGGUAAGCUAAAGUGAAUUUGGUAUAGAGAGUGAAUGCUCUAUUGUAAGCCCGUGAUGUAUUGGUAGAGAGGGCCUGAGCUGACCAGAUAUCUGCUGUGUGCGAAGAGGCGCUCUAUCCAGGAUUAGGUCUUGAUAUGAGGAAGUGCUGACCGGACUGAUGUUGUCUGUUGGAUGGUCUCUGAAGAAAACCUGCAAAUUAUGUCAAGUCAACACGUCAGCGGCUGUAUUGAUGCGUCCUAAGAUAUGUAUAUAAGUGAUGUGAAAUUGCAGUGUAGCCGCUAACCAUGUCAGUCGUUGAAUUAGACUCAUGAUGGUAAGUGAUGAGGAUCUGCCCUUAUUUAUAAUGCCACAUGCUGCUUUAUUGUCAGAGCAGCAUUUUACUGCUUUCCCUUGCCAUAGAUACCCCCAUGCUUUGGAGUCUUCCACUAUAGUGUAAAUUUCAAAUAGGGCAGAUGUCCUGUGGAAUGAGGGUAGACCACGGGUCUCGACCGGCCAAGAAUCUCUUUACCAAGAGUCCCCAAAGAUAGCUGUGAACCCUGUAUGAGCUGCAGCACUGGUCCAUAUGACCGGGGAAGAUUCAGAGAUGGGUGAAAGAAACCUCGCUUUCCUAUUCCAUUGUGAAAGAAAACUAAGCCACAUAUGUAGGUCUGCCUUUUCGUGGGCAUCUAGGGUUACCUUGUCAGUAUUGAGAGGAAGAAGGCACAGCAAUCUGGAAUUAAAAGCAACCCUGUGGAAUAAUUCAGCAUGCCCAGUAAUGAUUGUAGGUCUGGUACACGUGCCCUUAGCCAGAAAACCUUCCAUCGACUCUCUGAUUUACAGUACCUCUCCAUAGGUAAACUGGCUUGUAACGAUAUUGUGUCUAGGUGAAUACCCAGGAAAGUUAGGUUAGUUGUAGGGCCUACAAUUUAUUUCCUGAGAUAAUGUAACCUCUAUAACUGAGAAUAGAGCCAUUGUUUUGUAAACACUGACUGGAGUGGACUGAGGAGAUUCUAUAGUAAGAAAGUAAUCUAGAUAAUGUAUGACUGAUGGACAUUCAACAAUGUUGAGGAGUAGCCAACAUAACGUGUCUGCAAAUAUGUCAAAUAAUUUCGGACUACUUUUAGCCCCAAAAGUCAAACAUGUUGCGAAGUAGUACUUGUGUUUCCAAAGUAUACCAUGCACAUGCCACAAGGAUGGAUGUAUGGGUCAGAGCUUGAAUGCGUUGGAAACAUCCAUUUUCCCUAACCAGGCUCCUACACCUAUAUUGCAGAGAGAACUCCUCAAAGGGAAUUAAUGAGUUGAUGCUAGGAGUAGACAAAGAAUGUGGAGCUGAUAAAUCAUAAAUUAUCCUCUUUUUAUUGUUAAAUUUCCCAGUGACUAUACCUAUGGGAUUGGUACGCCAGCUGGAAAAGGGGGGUCUUGAGAAAGGGCCUAUUAUGAACCCGUUUUUCAACUCUUUUUCACGAGCAACACCUCUGUGCUGGAGGGGUCAAGGAGGGCAGACUGUAAGUUAGGGCAUAUGUGAAUACCAGUGGGGAGUGAGACAAGGCCAGUGUGAAAACCGUUGAUGAACCCAUUAACCAGAAAGUCGACUAAGUGAUGAGAAGGGUGUGCCUGGAGGUAAGAUGCCAGGUUGUCUAUGCAGACUUUGGUUAGUCAUAGUUUCAUGUAAAGACGGUUAGGACACAUAGUUUUUGUGUGUGCCCUGAAACAAAUUGAGCAGACGUGCAAGAAUCUGCACAAGCUAAAUCCGCAACUGCCAGAAUGAAAAUUGUUGCAGAUUUGAGCUUUCCCUAGAUAUACCAUGGGUCUACACAAUUUGUCUUUAAGACUUCUGCGUUCUGCAGUGGAAGAACAGAAGGAAGCACGACUAGUGAUAGGAAGGCUUGGAUCCACUGGACACAAGUUGGUGGAGUGUGAGAUGGAAGCACAUAAGGCACAAGAUGGUGGUUUUUGACCGGCAAAAUGAUGACAGAACAAUUGUGUAUCAAGCCUACUCCAGUCGGUGUGGGUAUUAAAUUGGAUGAGAGAUGCCGCUGCCUUUUCGGAAAAAGAUUGAUCGUCAUAAAACGAGAAACCACCAUACUUGUGCCCUAGGUCCACCAACUUAUGCAUGUACAAAUCCAACUCUUCCCUACGAUGAGAAGUGGAGCAGAUUAUGUCACUAUAAAGGCCAAAGGCAAGGACAAAUUCAGGUAUGGUAAGUCUUCGGUUGAGUCUGGGCUUUCUGAUUUUAAAAACAACCGAAAGAUCACCAUAGCAGUAUGCCUUGUUCUCAACUACGUCUUGAGAGGCAAUAAGCAAUGAGACUAAGUUUAUGUCCUUGCCUUCCAGGAUGUCUUUGCGAAAGGUAGGGGGAGCGAAGUGGGCAGGCAUUAUGAUGUGAGUGGAAGUGCUAGGUAUUGGGUUUGUGGUGGUGUCAUUACCGUGAGAAGGGGCAAGAGGUGGGCGUCUGUCAAGCCCAACACUGAUUGUAUUACUAGAGGCAAGAAGGGACGACAUUAAACCCUUGGUUUCUGUAUAGUUGUAGGGUUGAAGGACCACUCCCGGCUGGGGAGUACAGGUAUUGGUGAUGAAUAGUCUAUAGAGUUCGGCCUUGUGAGCUGAAGCCGGUAAAGGGACCCCCAUGCGCCGUAAUUCAGCCGCGAGCCUAGGGAUAGUGCAGGAACGCAGGAAAAACGUGCUGGAUGAUUCUCAGUAGGGGUGCUUGGACCGGCCGGGGUUAAAGGCCUGGCUGGGGUCUCGGGUAAAGCAAGUUCCUCGUCUUGUUCUGGGACUUGAGACAUAAUAAGAAUGUAAACAUUGGUAAAGAAGAGGACUUUAGUAAUGAACAAGUGCCUGUGUCAACUAGCUCUAGCUAAGCCUAAGGUGAAGAUUUUUUGGCCUACAAUGAAGAUGAAAUCCUGCAUCUAUGAGGAGGGCUGAGUGGGCGCGGGCCACAGAAUGAUGUGGCAGGAACGUUGGCCUCUCGGUGACCGUAACAAGAUACAAUAUAAGUGGGCGUGACAUGAUGAGGCCCUGACUAAUAACCUACAGUGGUUAAUGUGAGGCUCUAACUAUGCGUUGGACUGAGGGGCGCAUUCCUCCGAUGAGGAUGGGUGCUGGUCUCACAGAAGUAGAUUAAUUUACCGUAAGCUAGGAACAAGUGCAAGUAACUAAAAGCCAGUUAACCAAUCCUAGCCUAUAGUGGGAUAGGCGUAAGAUGUAAAAUGGAGACGUACCUAGCCUUACAAAUAGGUAAGAUUCUUUCUAGAGAAGAAUGAAUGCUUGAGAACCUAAAAAGGAAAAUGUGGAAGGUUAGGUCAUAGUUGGGCCUAAUUCUUUUCCCGGAUUGUAAGUAAAACUCACCUGUGAAAUGAUGACAGUGAUUUGUGGGGAUUUUCUAGUAGUGAUUAUCUGAGGAUAAAACUAUAGUUAUCCUCUAUCAAUGUAGUGAAACAUAAAUUGAUAAGAGGAGUGGAGUAAGAAUCCAAUGAAUUCCUCAAAGUUCUGUGGGGGGGGGGAGUAGUAACAGUAACAAUAGACCUAAAAUAGAGUAUGUACAAGAAACGUAAUGGGACAUGUGGUAAUUCUCAAGCGUGAAAAGUACAUGCCUGAAGGAAGGGACUGCCACGUCUAGGAGUGAGGCCAUUGAAUAGCUAAUUGUGGUGAUAAGUGGUAUCCGUGUAUUAGGAAAGAUAAGGCUACGGAUAAUGUGUCGGACGUGGAGAAUUGUUUGGAUUAGAAGAAACAUGGGGUAUUCAUAGAAGCAUAAUAAUGAUUAUGCUAAGAAAACACUCAAUUAUACGUACCCUGUGUAUGGGAUAUUCGUGCCUAAUGGGUAAUUGGUGGACUGAAAACCGUUGAAUGAGACUGCAAGGAAUUUACACUGUUGUUAUAAACACCUAGCGAAGGGAACAGGAAAACAGGAGGGCAUUGAUGGGCCAGGUACAUAAGACAGGAUAAUUUAGUACUGCAUAACAUAAUGGAUUCACAGGAAAAAUAAUAUGAAAAUGUCUAACAAAGAUUAAGCUCCUUUUUAUAUAUAAAAAAGUAUUCAUUUAUUUUAUCGUAUUAACGAAAUUAACAGUAGCCUACAGUUCUCAUGAUUCGACUAAAACCUGCCUAAUUAGACAAGAGAGUACAAGUGAACGGAAUAGUACAUGAAAAGUUGUAUUCUAUUAAACUGGCAUGAGGAAUUCUGGCCACUAGGGGUUGUACGUGAGCAAUCUAGAGCCCUGCAAUCGGUAAAAUUUAUGCGAACGAACCGUUACAUGAAACAAAGAACAGAAAUGUACGAAUAGAAUUGCAAUACGAAAACUUAUGUUCGCAAGAAUAGAAGCCAUGCGGCAGCCAAACACAGCGUUCGUAUGGACCCUUUUGGGCAAACUCACAGUUCGUGGACCGAUCAGGGGAACGCAACCCAGAAGCAAUGGUAAAGUGAGAGGUCAGCCUGGAACUAUUUCCGACGGGCUCUGUCCAACACAAUGAGUAAAGUGGAGCGUGUGGCCGGUACAGCGGCUGGAACAAGGUAAGUAAUACUUUGGGGAGGUGGGUGUUUAAUCAGGCUGGGCAGACUUGAUCAUGGGACGAAGUAGUGUGUCUUGACGGGAGAACUUGGUUAGCAGGAACCAGCAUGGGAAUGAUGCCUUCGGUGAGUGAACUGGAAGUCUAGGGUUCUACGUGAAGCCAGCGGUGACGGUACUGUCGUUGAAGGUGCCUGAGAUUUUAUAGCCGGGUAACCACUCCCCCACUCCCAUAAUUACAGGCUACGCAUAUAUAUAUAUAUAUAUAUAUAUAUAUAUAUAUAUUUACACUAACAACAACAACAGUUGUAAUUAUUGCACCUUCUUCGUGACAUAUAGUGAGAACAGAGUUAUUUACUAAAGAGAGAAUUUUGGAAUGUCAAAGUCAAUUUAAAAUUUAAGGUCAAAGGCCGAACUGGAAGCAUAGUUGGUUUGAAGAAUUAUUCCAGAUUGACUAUUUUGGCCUUAAAAUCAAAAGUCACUUGGAUUUCCUAACAAUUCUCAGUUUAGUAAAUAAGCCUGUAACUCUUUUUUUCUUUUUUUUUUUUCAAGUAGACAGGUCCAGGAAUAACGAAAGCCAUUUAAAGCCAUUGAACACUAAUAAGUCAAUUGGGAUGAAAAUAAUGCGUCUAUAGCAGGGGUAGGCAACCUAUGGCACGUGUGCCAUGCACGACACUCAAGGUGUCUUUGCACGGCACUCAAGGCUGUUGAGACAAACAGGCUCUGGUCUAUCAAGAGUCCCAGUGAAACUUCAGAUAUCUGCUAAUACGAAAAGGUGGUGAAGGACAAUCCUCAAUGUAUGCAUUGCAGCAUGUAGAGGAACUGAUGUCCUUGACCUGUACCUGGCCAACCUGGUCCCCAAUGGACUCCAGGGAAGCCACCCACACUGCUAGAUAUACACAGACCUGCAGAAUAAGCCUCCCCCUCAUACAAAUACGAACAGCCCACAUGCAAACAUACACACAAUCCACACAUAUACACACAACCCCGCAUGCAGCCUCUCACAUGCAAUAUUCCAAACAGCCCUACACAUACACACACUACCAAACACAAUGUGACAUAUCCAUCCACACUGACAAUUUCACAAGCAGCUCCCAUACACAGCCCACAUUCAUAAGUAUCAUACACAAUACCACAAACUACUCAUGAACAUAUACAAUAUAAUAGCUCAUAUACACACACACAUACAACAAUACAAAGCAACUGCAGUAUAAAUAAUACAAGCAGAAUACGGCAACAUGCACAUCUCAAUUUCAAAGAGAAUAGGACCAGCACGCUACGGGGAAUCACAAUCUAAAUUCGGCACAGUGCUGCUAAAAGGUUGCCUACCCCUGGUCUAUAGUAAUACUUUAAUUUGAUUGACAUUUAUAAGCUACUGAUAAAGAUUAAAAAAGUAGGUGUGCCUUGUAAAUAUUUGUUUUAUUGAAGUCAAAGACCUUUUUACAACAAAGACUGAGAACCACUAGUACAUAUUCUGCACUACUUUGUGAUGCCUUUAAAUUGUUACAACUGCGAAUAAGAGUAUGUGAAAAACCUUUUGAGUGGAAAUACAGGUUUUUGCCAGGAGAGAUAGGAGUGCUUGCGUAAAGAAACCAUUACUCAGGAAGAUGAUGAUAGAGUGUGUGUGUGUUUAUUAUUGAACAGCUAUAUUCUACAUUGGAUGGUCCGGUAUAUGAAUGUCACCAAACAUAUUGCCCCAUUUGGUUUGUAUACUGAACUGACAGACCACCCAGAACAGUCGUAUGCCGCUCAUUGACCUUCCUGACCCUCAUUAUCACCUUCGUAAUCUGCAAUUACCACAACAUUCUAAGCGGUCGGCUGGGUGGGUGCCGUUCGUAUGGACGAACACGUGGCGGCGGCCAUCUUUAGUCGCAUACGUGUACAGCGGUGUUUGGUCAUCGAGUGUAUGGAACUAUAAUCAGGUACUCGACGGCGCAAACACCAUUGAGACUUCCAUCCCCACGCAUGUUUGGUUAUAUUCGUCUGGGAAGAGCGGCGUUCGGUGGCAACACACUCCUAAACAAGGGGCACAAAACCAGUGUACGUACGAACUGUUAUAUUCAUGGUUUUAUUGUAUUUUAUACUCCCGAAAGAGACCGACCUUCCCAAUUAAACAGAGAAGAUUACAUUAUCUGAGUCAAUGGAGUUCUUUAUUUUUUUCUUUGCUUUUUUUCUUCUUUUCUCUGUCUUUUAGCAUCUCCGCAAAAACAUGUGUAGUUCAUUUCAACAUACAAUAGUACCGUUUGAGGCUCUGAUGCAGUCAGGUGGUAUAGCCUCAGAUAUGGAAAUUUCUUUUCCAUGAAUCUGUAGUGUAGAGUUGUGUUCUUUUGAUGUAGUCAUCAUUAUACCUUUGGUAGCUGGUUGUACUGUAGAGUAGAUAGGGUCUUGAUUGUAUGUUAUCUUUACGGGAUUAGCUUCCACAAAUCUCAACCAGAUAUUGUUCAUAUCUGUUGAGUUUUCUUGUUGGUAUUAUAGUACCAACGCUGGCUUUUACAGGCACCCAAGUGACGUUUAGUAGUAUUCUUUAUAAGUCAAAAGAGCGGUUCAUUGGAUGUUUUCAUCAUUAUACCUAUAGUAGCUGGUUGAAUUGAAGAGUGAUUAGGUUCUUGAUUAUUGUAUCUCUCAGGGGUUUUAGUAUUCCUAUUCCCUCUAAAAUAUCCAGAAAACUUUCAUUUCUCUUGAGGUCUUCUCUUGAUAUGAUAGUAUCAUCACGGGCUUUUAAAAGACCAGGGGCACCAAGGGAUGUUAGCAGUAUUCUUUUUUUACUGCGGACCGACUGAUGGGAAUAGUAGUCAUAGUAACCACCAUAGGUUCAGGACAUUCGCUCAUGACUUUAUCCUCUGAACGCAUGCCAUCUGAGGGCGGAGCAUUGUAGUCUCUCUAUACAGAUCCCUCAUCUGAAUAAUAAGAUGCUAGGGAAUCAUCUGAGGGAGGAAAGGUAGGUAUGUCUGCUUUACGUAGAUCAGACGUACUGUAGUUUGUGUCUUUGUAUAUAGGAGUGCUUGUUUCUGUGGUCUUUAUCUUAGGUUCAGCGACUGCAGAAGGUUUAGGAGGUCUUCUUUGGAAGUAUGCGAUUCUGUGCCCUUUUUCUCCACAAAAAAAGCAUGAAUCCUCUUGCCAUCUUUUGUCCAUUUCAAGUUUUGUAAGCGGUUCUCGUUUCCUGCUUUUCCUGGAAGGAGAGACUGUCUUAGUCUUUUUCUUAGGUGAUUCACAGGGGCUUGAUUGAAGCAAAUAUGAGACUGAUUUACACAGUUCCAAGAGAUACUCAGCAAUAAUCGUCAGAACACCUGUUAACCCCUUAGUCUCCGUUUUAAGGCCUUGAAAUUCUGUCAUGAUCUUGUGCAGGUCAGGGAUGAGACUGAAACUGGGGUUAACUUCAGGGUCUUGGUUUUUUUUUUUGUUUUUUGUUUUUAUCUUGGACAUAGGAUGUCCUAUAAUAGAAAUUAAAGGAAUGGGAGAGAGAGAAAACAGAACAGAAUAACAGAUUACAGGUGAGAAUAACUAGGCUAUGAAGUAAAGGUUUUAGACAAUAAGCCCAAAGUGGAAAUAAGGUAAACCUAUAAAUGAAGUUAUAGGUAGGAGUUUGAAGAUAAACCUAUAAAAUAAAUUUAUAGGUACAAUCUUGAGGGAAAACAGGAUUUAGGCAAUAUGCCACAGGAUAUAAAGAAACAGGGAAACCUAUAAGAGAAAAAGAUAAAGCAAGAGAAUGAAAACCUAUUAAUGAGAUAAUGUUACUGGAAAACAAACAACUAAACAGAACUAGACAGAAAUAUAAAGAUUACCUAUAUAGGUUUUUAGUUUUUCAGUCUCUUUGGAUUAGAGGUUGUACUGUAGUAACAGGUAUUUUAUGAUAGAUGCCAAUAUUAUCUGGAAUAUUUGUAAAUCCAAUGUAGGAGUAAUGCAGGUAGCCACAAAGUAAUAAUGAAUUAGAGUCCCUCCCCUUGUCCUUAAUCUAGGACCUGGCGGCCCUCUCAACUACCCAGCUGUAACGCUGGCUGCGGGGCAGAGCACCGCUGGUCUCUGCCCACCGAGUAACCCUAACUGCAAGCCGGAGAGUAACCGAGAGACUUAUGGGUGGGCUACUCGACUAACUCAGGUACCGACCAACAGGAGGUCAGGUACCUGGUUAGUCUUCCCUUGGGAGGGAAGAUAUGUGGCGAACAGAACAUCGUCACUGGUUCUUGGAGGGGCCUGCUCGCCAGCCUCUUGCCCCAGGACUAUGACCUGGCUAAAAUAUGUUAAAAAGACUCUGUUCGUACAAUUGAGAUUAUAUGGUUCAGUUACCGAACAACCCCACGAACCAUAGAUCAUCCUGGAGCUUGUUAACAAAUAUUAACAACUUUUAACGUUUCUCACCGCAGUGUUCUAAAUGUUCGUCUGGGUGGCCGCAAUUCCUUUGGACAACCACGAGGUGGCAGCCAUCUUGUUCGCAUGAACACAGGCAGCAGUGUUUGGGCACAGAAACUCCCAAACACCGCUGGAAAUCUAUCAUCACCUGUGUUCGGUUCUAUACAGUUUAGAAGGACACUGCUCGGUGAAAUCAUUCGUCUGGAUGAGGGAAACAAGCUCCAGGGUUAAGACUAUUGACUCUGUUCGGUAGUUUGUUCGUUUUCAAACUAUCGAAUUAGACCGACCGCAAGCCCUGAUUCUCUGGAAUGGUUCUGGGCAGGGGACCAUGCCUGCGGUCAGUCAAAUGACUUUCAGCAAAUUCCUGAACCCCUGAACUGGGUGAUUUUUGGAUAUGUUGGUCACCGAGAUCAGGGCUAUCAGGGGAUGUAACUGUGGGGUUUUAUGUGUUUUGGGGGCACUUCUGGGGUGUUUGGGAAUUAUCUGUUUAUGUAUGGCCUUGUCCUGGAUCUGAGAGCCAAUGUAAUUAUGUGUUUUGUUUCUGCUGUGGUUUACUCUCAGAUCCAGGGGGGAGUGCCCCUUGCAUGGGGACUGUCAUAAAAGGCCAAGUGUGGUCCCAUUAAAAUCAGUCCACUUCACCCUCAACAUGCAGCCUCGUCUAGUGUUUGUAGGGAAUAGCUAUACCUGCUUUGGAUUACUAUACUGGCUAUAAUCACUAGCUCUUGUAAGAGCUACACAGCCAGACCUGCUAUACUCGCUGGAGGAGGAGAGGUCCACCCACUGGAAGCUGGAUCCUUAGGUCUAGGGUGGGUGGAGGACAGCGGGACCCCAGCCAAGCUGCGGCAGCUAAGGGCUAUGGUGCUUAUGUGGUCUGGUGCAAUGCUUAUGGUACUCAAGGCGACUAGGAAGCAGUGAUUGGCAGAGGCACCCAGUCAGGGUGCCUGGUGGUCUGUUGCAAUGAGUAAAGCAGGUUAUAAAGCCAAUAAGGUAAGUCCACAGGUUAUAACACAGGAGCCAGGAUAUGAAGUAUUUCAGGCAAUCCUCAACUUCAAUGUCAAGGCCAUGAGGUGAGUUGGGUGUAACCUUUUUAUUGGAUCUGAAUUCGUCCAGGCAGGUGAGGAUGAGAUGGAAAUCUCUGUGCUAGUGGUUAGGGAGGCCACCAGUGGCAAAUAAAAUCAGUGCAGGAACUUGGUUUUUAAAGGAACAGAACAAAAAGUCUUGUUUGCCAGGAUAGGAUACUGACACAUAUACACACAGCCACAUUAUGUGAUAUUUUGGAUUUCAGUACUAUAUAUAUAUAUAUAUAUAUAUAUAUAUAUAUAUAUAUAUAUAUAUAUAUAUAUAUAUAUAUAUAUAUCUCUAUAUAUAUAUAUCCAAAAUAUCUCAUAAUGUGGCUGGGAGACAUAGCAUAAAGAGAGAAUAGGAAUAAGGCCCAUAAUUGAAACCUGUACUUGAGAGGAAUUCAUACCAGAGAAAGUUGCAGAUGUGAAUUAGGGUCUGAAGGGACAAAAAAUAUACGGUGUAAAGAAAUGGGAUCAAUGGGUGUAGACUAUGAAGCAAGAAUAUAAAAGAAGUGCAGAAACUUCCUGUUAAGUGACUGGGCAAAAUAAAUUUAGACGGGAAAAAAGAGCCAGAAGUGAAUAUCUGGGGUAAUUACUGCUUAUAUGAAUGAAACACGUCUAGUGUUACCUUAAUUAUUAUUUUAUUUUUUUUAAUAAUUUUGACUACUGAAGCACCCAUACGUUCAUAUAAUGACUUUGGGCAGGGAAUAUGUUAAGAGAAGCCAUAUUGUGCAUCUUUUGGUCCUUUCCUUUAAAUUUUCUUAGAUGUAUACAUACAUUCAAAUAUAUACAUACUUUAAAAUGAAACAUAACUUGUUUUUUUUUAUACAUAAAAAAGACACCUGUCUCUAGCUCGGACUUCCCACAGAUGUAAUUGUUCAUACUGAUGUUCUCUCGACAAUCUUUACAUUGAUUAAGAAAAUAUCCUGCUAAAUGGCCUCUUAAAGAAUUUCCACAUAGAGAUUUGUAGUUAUUGGAAUAUGUCUCGGUGGGUGAUCUUUAUGAUAUGACCUCCUUUUGUAUUGAUGUGAAAAUAGCAAAAUUGAUGCAGAACAUUUCUCAUGAAGUUGCUAAGAACAGGCUAGAUUCUUCUCGUAUCUCUACUUAGAUUUAUUUUGUAAACUUUUGUGUGGCUUGGUUAUAGAGUUUUCUUUUUUCUUUAACAUAGUUUUUAUAAACACUCAGAGAAACCUACAGAAGAUACUUAAAAAAAAUAAAAAUUCUAACUAUCUCAAAUUUUUGUCACAUUUAGUUAUUUCAAAAAGUUAAAUAUUGUCUCUUGUAUAACCUUUAGAAAACAUAUUCCAUGCAAGACUUAAUAAAAUGGCUUACUUCUUGUUAGUCCAAUGUGGUUAUAAAAUGUAUGUAUUUUAUAUAGUGUGUAAUGUUUGUAUUUAUUUAUUUAGAGUUGAAAUAUGUUUGAUUACUUACAGUACAUUAAUCAAAUAUGAGCAUAGAACCUUUGCAGAAAUAUUCUUAGAAGUAAGACAACUUGUAGUGGGUGGCAAAGUAAACCGAGAAAUUAUAUUCCUGUACAUAAAUGGAUCAAAGACUGACAGGAAGUUUAAUGUGAACGUUAGUAAAUGCAGACAUGAACCUGCUGCUAUUGCCAAAUAUCUCAAGAAUGGAAAACUGAAGCAGUGCUUACUGACCACAGCGUGAUUCCUGACAAGGGUUGUAAAUAAACCUGAGAUGUAUGACUGCAUUAAGCAGCAUAUCAUGUAUUAGCCAUACUAAAUCCGCAACGUCUGAAGGAGUGUCAUGCCAUAUAAGAUUACGCUACAGUCCUGUUGCUGCUAUUAUUAUUGCGACUAUCGUUAUUGCUACUGUAAUCUACCACCAACAAAUUACUCAGCGCGCUACAAACAUUGACUGAAAAGUAUAACAAAGUGUAAUUUGACGGAAUCAGAUGAUUAAUACGUAGAAAAAGUAACUAAUGCAGCAGAAAUCUAAAUUUCAUUUUUGCCUGCAUGUUUCUUUAUAUUUUCGCAGAUUAUUAUUUGUAGACACGGACUUCAGCACCAUCAGCUUAAAAAUUGAAGAUUCUUGUGGUCGAGAACACCUAAUCAAAUUAAAGUUGAAUGCAAAGGUAUGUAGAAGGGAAAAAAAAUCUGUUUAUUAAAAAUGUGUAAACCGAAACGCGGUUUCCUAUAGGAAUGCAUUGAAAACCAAUUAAUCCGUUCUGGAGGUCAGAAAAAAAGUAGAUAUGAGCUGGCAUGGAAACGAACCCGCAAUGCGGAACAUAUACAGUAAAAGGCAUGCAAACGACGAAGCUCAGCUCCCUACCUUUUCACCGCUUGAGAAAUGCACCAAAGAAAUUCCAGAAUGGCUCCAAAACUCGAUGCAAAAGCCGCUCCAACACCCCCACACUCUACGCCAUGUGCUAUCCACAGACUCCAGCAUGCACGGGGCGGUGCUAUAAACCUCUCAAGCCCAAUGCAUUCUGGGCAAAUUUGCUUUCGUAUUGCGAAAAAAAAUUGUAAACAGAGGCAUUAUAUUAUUGGAUUUUCAUUUCUAAACCGAAAAUUAUGUUAACCGAGGCGUUUGUAAACCAAGAAAUAAUACUCUGCUACAAUGUAAAGUAGUAAGUGUACAGCCUGUAUAACUGUUGUAAAUUUGCUGUCCACUCAAAAUAACAACACACAGCCAUUAGUGUCUAAACCGUUGGCAACAAAAGUGAGUACACCUCUAAGUGUAAAUGUCCAAAUUGGGCCCAAAGUGUCAAUAUUUUGUGUGGCCACCAUUAUUUUACAGCACUGCCUUAACCUUCAUGGGCAUGGAGUUCACCAGAGUCUCACAGGUUGUCACUGGAGUCAUCUUCCACUCCUCCAUGACGACAUCUGAACUGGUGGAUGUUAGAGACCUUGCAUACCCCACCUUCCGUUUGAGGAUGCCCCACAGAUGCUCAAUAGGGUUUAGGUCUGGAGACAUGCUUGGUCAGCCAAUUUACCUUUACCUUCAGCUUCUUUAGCAAGGCAGUGGUCAUCGUGGAGGUUUGUUUGGGGUCGUUAUCAUGUUGGAAUACUGCCCUGCGGCCCAGUCUCCGAAGGAUGGAGAUCAUGCUCUGCUUCAGUAUGUCACAGUACAUGUUGGCAUUCAUGGUUCCCACAAUGAACUGUAGCUCCCCAGUGCCGGCAGCACUUAUGAGGGCCAAGACCAUGACACUUCCACCACCAUGCUUAACUAUAGGCAAGACACACUUGUCUUUGUACUCCUUACCUGGUUGCUGCCACACACGCUUGACACCAUCUGAACCAAAUAAGUUUAUCUUGGUCUCAUCGGACCAAAGGACAUGGUUCCAGUAAUCCAUGUCUUUAGUCUGUUUGUCUUCAGCAAACUGUUUGCGGGCUUUCUUGUGCAUCAUCUUUAGAAGAGGCUUCCUUCUGGGACGACAGCCAAGAAGACCAAUUUGAUGCAGUAUGCGACAUAAUAUCUGAGCACUGACAGGCUGACCCCCCCCCACCCACUCCUUCAACCUCUGCAGCAAUGCUGGCAGCACUCAUACGUCUAUUUCCCAAAGACAACCUCUGGAUAUGACGCUGGGCACGUGCACUUAACUUCUUUGGUUGACCAUGGCAAGGCCUGCUCUGAGUGGAACCUGUCCUGUGAGACCGCUGUAUGGUCUUGCCCACCGUGCUGCAGCUCAGUUUCAGGGUCUUGGCCAUAUUCUUAUAGCCCAGCCCUAGGCCAUCUUUAUGUAGAGCAACAAUUCUUUUUUUCAGAUCCUCAGAGAGUUCUUUGCCAUGAGGUAUCAUGUUGAACUCCCAGUGACCAGUAUGAGAGAUUGUGAGAGUGAUAACACCAAACUUAACACACCUGCCCACCAUUCAUACCUGAGACCUCGUAACACUAACGAGUCACAUGACACCGGGGAGGGAAAAUGGCUAAUUGGGCCCAAUUUGGACAUUUCCACUUAGGGGUGAACUCACUUUUGUUGCCCACGGUGUCACGAUUCGGGGAACCCAACACGCUGGCACACACACACAGAAAAGGUGCCGUACCGGACCUUAGAGUGGCCGGGCUAAGCACGCUAAGAGUAGUCAGGAGACAAGCCAAGUAAAGGGAGCCAGAAAACGGGAGAACGAGGAACAAGCCGAGGUCAAAGGAGUGGAGAAGACAGGAUAAUCGGAAUAACGAGCCAAAUAAUUAGUAACCAGAGAGCAAGACGAGAACACUACGCUACAGGGCACUGAGGGACAGGAAAGGUAAGUAUAAAUACCCUUGGUUUAAUUCUGAUUGGAUAACUUCCAAUCAGAAUUAACAAUCACACGUGGGGGAUAUCUAUACCUCCCACUGUGAUUGUGGUACUGUUUCUUUAACACCGGGUCACUCACGUGACCCUGGCGUUUACUUAAUUCAUUGACCUCCCAGCGUGCAGCGUUAUACGUGCUGCUGCUGGGGGGCGUGGAGGACGCGGGCGGCGAGCGGCACAGAGGAGACGCCGCUCGCCGACAGGUAAGCAGAGGGGAGACCGUGGCGAUGGACUGAGGGUGAGUGCUGCAAGUGGCGUGCAGCCUCCCCUCCUAGCCGCCCGCGGAUCCCUGACACACGGUUUAGACAUUAAUAGCUGUGUGUUGAGUUAUUUUGAGGGGACCGCAAAUUUACACUGUUAUAAAGGCUGAACACUUACUACUUUUGCAGCAGAGUGUCAUUUCUUCAGUGUUGUCACAUGAAAAGAUAUAAAAAUAUUUACAAAAAUGUGAGGGGUGAGAUACUGUGUGUGUGUGUGUGUGUGUAUAUAUAUAUAUAUAUAUACAUAUAUAAUCAAUUAAUUGUAUUUUUGCCUUUAGCAUGUUAUAAUUUGCAGAUUGUUUACAUUGUGGGCCACAUGCUUAUUAAGUUGCAUUGUCACAUUUUUGCAUGUGGAACAGGAGAUCUUUCAUAAAUCUGCUCAUACAUAUUCAGGGAGACGUCAUAAGCAUCUAUUAUGCAUUGCAGAAGAAUGUAUUUGUUACCAAAAUGCGAGAGGCACUAGGUAAUCUAAGAACCACAUUUUGCCAAAAAUCUGUGAGUUCAUUCCAUAAUCUUUUGAUGAUAUUCUAUUUUUGUGAAAUCUCAAUGCAGUGUCUAAUAGUGGAUUCAUACUGUCAGUCAAUUCUUGGCAUAUUUUUUUUAAUUUUUUGUGAAAAUUUAGUAAAAAAACAUCACUUAAUGACUACUUUAAACAUAACGAUUUAAAAAAGGAUAGUGCAAACCAUGCCUUAUUAAUUUUCUUUAAGAAAUUGCAAAUGCAAUACAUUUUUUAAUGGUGAUUUUACAAAUGGACAGAUAAUGUUCCUCACCGCUCAUGGCAUAAAUAAACAAAACAUAUACUGGAAAAAUUGAAUCCCAAAAAUUUAAAAAUAGGAAUUUAUUGUUCUGCUUUUCACAGACACUGAAAGAAACGUAAUUUUCUAUGUUUUUUUUCAUACAUAUUUAAGUGGUACAUUUAAUGAUUGUAUGCCGUCAUGGGGGGGUGGACAUACUGGAACAUCUUGGAGCUUAAGUUAUUAAGUAAAUUGUCUGAAGAAUUGUUUUCUUUUAAAGCCAUUUCACAGUUGGUGAAAUUACUGUUUCACUUACUAGUCUGUUAAGCAAUGCUAUAAAGGGGAUUAGUAUGUACUUUCUUCCUCGGAAGGUAUCUUUUUAAUUUUACCCUACAUCAUUAAGUUGGUGAAACAGAGCUCUGCUUGCCUGAAAUAGACUACAAUGAGAUCCUUAGAAUGCUUUAAGUAACCUAAUAUUGGAUGUUUUUCCUGUUAAAUUUAACAUUCCCAUCAGCAUCUAGAUGCAGGUAUUAAAGAAAGCAGUAUUUGUGUUGUCUAUAAUGUGCACUUCUAAGUGAUAAAUAAAGAAGCAUCUGGUACAUUAAAUGAAGACGCUAACGUGCCAGCAUUAAUGUUGUGCCUCUCAUUAUUUAAUUCAAGGUUUUCUGAACUGUUUGUGACUUUUUAAUAAUACCCUUUCUUGCCUCUAGCCACUUAAAGUCCCCUAAGCUCACAAAGCUAACUAGUUCAAUUUUUCAGCUUUUAUCUGUGCCCAAGAGAAGACAAAUAUAUAACGGGGCAAGGAUAUUUGUGCUAACGCACAUGUAAUUUUGGUCUUGUGUUUAAUUUAAAACAACACUUUUUUUUUUACCAGUAAUAAUCCUAGCACAAAAUGUAAAAUAGCAGGUUUCUCUUUCAGACUUUUACAUUUUGCUCUAUUAAGUAAAAUGUAUUUCUGCAAACAGGCAAAAAAAAACAAAAAAAACCUCUUACUGUUAAAUUACUUCAAGCCUCAAAAUCUGAUUAUUUUCUGUAUUUUGCGUUAGGAUUCCAAUUAUGUUUAAUGUUCAUAUGAUACCAGCUAGUAACAUAGCAGUAAAAAGUUUUUUUGUUGUUUUUUUUUGUUUUUUUAUGAGCCAACAAAACUGUCACAUUUGAUAAAAAAAAAAUGAAUAGGAUAAUAUCCUAUAUACAAUCGCCUCUUUAAAAGGGAAAAAAACAUUUGUUUGCCUUGUAAUUUUCAAAGUGCUCAGUUAGUGUAACAGACACACACACAAAUGCUAUUAUUUAUUUAUUUUUUUAAAAACAUUCUCUAUUCAGAUUUCAAAGAACAGACACAUGUAACUAUAAAGCAGGUGUAAAUAUCACCAGUAGACGACAAUGAUUCCUCAAUAUAAAGCAUUCUGUAAAAGUUAAGCAUAAUAAUUAAGGAAGGUACACACUUACAAGACCAGAUUCGUUCCGUGCACACCAUUGGUGGGGAAACCUUGAAGAAGGAGAUAUCAAAAGUCUAAGAAGGUAGCUGAAAAAAUGCUCAAAGAGAUUCAAAAGUAAGAAGGAAAAAAGGAAAGGAGGGAAGAAAACCAGAAGAAAAGAGAGAGUAGAGAAGAUGGCGAGAAGGGGAGAAAGGAGAUGUCUUCUCAAGGGUGUAGUGAAGCUAUUGAAAUCUAGUACACACAGGAAUAUGAAGGCUAAAAAUCACUUAUCUUAACUUGCACUUAUUUUAGAUACGAAGUCUAGCCAAUGGAGCCAAGUAGUGUUGAAUACCUCCAAUCUCCGUAAAGGGUUUUUGUCAAAGCUCAAUUUUACAGAUUUCUGCUACUUAAGAUAUCCACUGUUUUUUUUUGUUUGUUUUUUGUUUUUUAUUGAGAUAUAUAUGGAACAUACAUGUGAGUCAUAAUAUGCAUUGGUAAUCAACAUUAGUCAACAACAAUUUACAAGUGAUUGAGCCGUCAGUUUUUCUUUUUUGUAGGGUAAUAAGAAAAUGAGUGCACAUGAAUUACUUGAUAAUUCACAAAAAAAUAUAUAAUAAACACAAUACAGAAUAGAUACUAUGUUCUUUAUGAUCUGCCUAUUCCUAAGUGUGGUAGAAUAACUGAGAAGUGACACUUAAAUAUUCUCAUGGAAUCUGGAGCUUGAGAUAUAAAAACUGAUUAUACUAAAAGGAAAUAAAUGGAGCAGCAGUUAGGAUAAUUGGAUCACAUGGUAUACUUUAAGAUCACAUCUCAAGCUCCACUGGGAUUUGGUAACCCUAACCAAGUUCGGUGGCGGAUGGGUAAUUGCCGUGGAUGGCGGCUUGGGCUUAACAAACAUUUCAGCUACAAAGCUGACAGUGAAACCCAUGGUAUACAAGAAGAGAGGUAACUAAAAAAUUAAACAGAAGAAAAACAAAAAGGGAAAUAAUUGUGAAUCAAGAAUAUAACGCCGGUCUGUUUGGGAGUCUACAGUCUCCUGUUCGUGCUUGCUCAUGUCCCUGCGCGCCAGUCUUCUCCACCUCUGGGUAAGAAGGGGACUAGGCUUGCUGGAUCCAAGGAGUGAUGAGAUGUAGGACCAUUGGCUGUCAGUGACAGCGUUGGGAGUCCCAGUGAUUUACGGAAGAUAGAAGUUUCCUUUAUAGAAACAAUUUUGUGGACGGUUUUAUUAUGAGUGACAGAGAGAGAUGGUGACCAUCUGUAUUCCAUGUUAGCUUCUAUGUUGAACUGUUGAGUCACUGGUUGUAGUGAUCUUCUCCACUGAAGUGUGGCUCUAGUGAGGUUAUAUAGUGGUAUAUAGUAAGAUUUCAUAAUUCAAAAGAGUUAGGUGUUUUGCCAUUUAAACCAUUGCAACAGAAAUUUGAUGUUUCUGUUGCAAUGACGCCAUGUGUGGCUGAUGAUUGUGCUAAUGAGGACUUAUUUAUGCGACAGGCCCCAUCCAAUGAUCUUCUUGGCAUAGUUUGGAGGGAGUAUUGAUGCCAUUAGGCAACGUAAGUUAUGCAGCAGUUCAUUCAUAGUGAUUGCAUCAGGGAUUCCUCUGAGCUUUAUUUUGUGGCGCCUGCAGCAGUCAUCCAGAAAAGCCACUUGCAUUGUGAUAGUGUGUUGGGCUGAGCUGUUUCUUGUUUUCUGUUCGUGCAGUCAGGCUUUGACGAAUGUUUAAGACAUCUGCCUCAGUGGCCUUGUCCUCUAUUAGUAACUUUUUGGACAUCUGCUUUUACCACCGCAAUAUCUGCCACCAAUAGCAGUUUUAUGUCCUACAGGAGAUUUUAAAUGUCCUAUUUAGUGGCAGGAGCUAUACUACAAGGGUCUGCCUGUUGAAGAUGGUGGUGGGCUGAAUGGGGCUGAUUGCCUAGUUGUGGGUUGUGAGAUACUGACCUCCUGGCCGUCAUGAUCAGCCAUUUAGUAAUACACAUGGUGCUGGAAGAGAGUGCCUAUGUCUCGCACAUCAGUCUGAGCACUGACCUGAGGCUUUUUAUGGAUCUUCUCAUUUGUGUAUUGCAGGCAUCCGCCAUCUGUGCAGUGUCUCCUGGGCUCAGGUAGUCCAACUCUGGAACUGUAGAGCCGGCAAUGUAUGACGUGGAUAAGGCCCCAGGCCUGCAGCAUUGCCUUGUUGCCGAUGCCGUGUAUAAGAAAGCCUUUUUUCAGUAAAAUAAGUUCUUCUGGGUCAAGCACAGGCUGAAUCUCCAUAAGAUCAGACGAGAUUCUGUAGAUAUUUGUCCUUUGGUGCCUAAAUAUUCAGGAGCCUACAGUAUGGUGUCCUCUCUGCUCCACAAUCAGCUAUUCACUGUUCUACACUAGACUGUAUUUUUCCUGAGUGCCGGGAUCAGCACCCUACACACGUUGAGAGAAUGUUUAGUGAGAGAUUUCUUAAAUUUGGAUUUAAGAGUGGAGACAUAGUUGAGUAAUAGGGCCGCUGGCUGGAGAGGAACCCCCUCCACCACUAUGGAAGUGAAGGUCUUGUAUACAUGUUGCCAAAAUGGCACUAUAAAUGGGCAAGUCCACCAAUUAUGAAUCCUAGUUCCAGUCCCCUCCUUGCAUAUUUAACAUUUAACAGAGACGCCUGAGGAAAACUCUGUGUAGGAGGUGAGGCAUAUUGUACCACCAAGUCAGGAGCUUGUAGUUUUAUCUGGACAGCAGAUCUGCUGGAAGAAUUAUAGAAGAGGAUGAUCAUCGUACAACAUAGGUCAUCAGCAAAGACCAUCUCCAAGUCAUGCUUUCAAUUUUUCCAUGAAUUUUGACAGAGAACAAUAUUUUCCCAGUGUACCAUGUGUUUCUCAGGGAGCAGAGGGAAAAGUAUAGAAAUGUCUAAUCUGAUAGUGGAGUAUCCGGUCAGUCAUAGUACACUUUCUAUUCUGAAUGAGUGACGCAACAGGGGUUGUGCCAGCAGAGGUAGAGUAGAGAUUUGCAAGAUGUUCUUAUUAACUAGCUGUCACAAAAAACCAAAUCACUAGAGGAGGAAAAAUUACCUUAAAACAAAAGUGACAAACUGGUUCAUGUAGUUUGUAUACAUAAGUGGAGCGAUCUAUAGAAGUGGUUGGUUAAUAAAGUGCUCCCUAGCAGAUUUUAUACAUAACAGAUGCAUACUAUAGUAUUGAAAUAAAGUUUCUUUGGAAUAUAGAAAGAAUGUAUGAAUUAGAUAACCUUUUUUGUUAUAAUAUGUUUACUGAAACAUGGUUCUUUAAUGCCAUACUAUAAAUCAGGGUACAAAGAAGGUUUAGAAGCAAUCCAGAAAAUGAUUGGUGUAUUUCAGAAAUUUGACGGUUUGUGUGUUGGUAGAGCACCUCAAAUUAUUGUAAUAAAAAUGUAUCCAAUAUAAUUAGUAGUAAAAAGUGAUAGAUUGCAGAAAAGACAAUUAUAGUUGAGCUUGAAGGACCACUAUAGGCAUCCAGACCACUUCAGCUCAAUGAUGUGGUCUGGGUGCUAGGUACCUCUAGUUUUAACCCUACAGCUGAAAACGAAACUGCUAUGUUUCACUGAGGGUUAAUACAGCCUCUAGUGGCUGUCUCACUGACAGCUGCUAGAGGCGCUUCCACGAUUCUCACUGUGAAAAUCAGUGAGAAGACGCCGGACGACCAUAGGAAAGCAUUGAGUAAUGCUUUCCUAUGGGCUGUUUGAAUGCGCGGGCGGCUCUUGCCGCGCAUGCGCAUUUGGAUCUGAUGUUGGAACGGGGUGGAGAGUUCCCCAGCACAGAGGGAGCCAGGUGCUGAAGAAAGGUAAGUGGCUUAAUAGGUUUUAACCCAUUCAGCCCUGAGGGUGGGUGGCGCCUAAUGACCCUAGAGUUCCAGGAAAACGAGAUUGUUUUCCUGGCACUAUAGUGCUCCUUUAAUAAAUUUCAGGUAGUAUAUAUCUGUAAAAUACCUUUUAUAAAAGGUUCUUACUGUAUCAGAAUCAAUAAUCCAAAUCUGGAGUAUAAAACUGCUCCAAUUUACUCUCACCAUCCAGAAGACCCAGGUUUAUACUGACUGUUUAAAUGUGUUCAAUGCCAGCAAGAGACUGGUACCAUCCACAUUGUAAAGAAUUAAACAGAUAAGGAAAACAAAUGCUUUUUUUAUAUUACAUUUUCUUUGUUUCGUUGAAAGCCUGUACUUCAUUUUCCUAUAUAUACCUGUGUGUCAUUGCUUUUAUUCUAUAUUUUAUUUUUUCCCCUUGCUCUCUGAGUUCAAAAGUUUUAUUGCCCUAUUUUUAUUAUUUUUAGUAUACCAUUAUGUAUACCAUUAAGGAUUCUUCGUUGUUUUAUUCUUUUCUUUAGUAUCCUAAUGAGGCCCCCGAUUGCAGUAUAGAACUUCCAGUUCCAUUUGCCAUCUCAUGGACACCAAAGGUAAGUAUUUGUAUUUGAGAGAGAAAAAAGUAAUGUAAAUUAUAUAUUUAAUAAGUGGUUGUACUUUUUUACACCGGGGAGCCCCUAGUAUUAUUUCAUCAUGUUCUGCAGGCAACAAUUGCUACUUACUAAACUUCUUGUAAGAAGUAAUUAUUUAACAAGAAAAGGUAUACCAGAUUACAAACGAAGCUGAUAAAUAUACUAGACCAGUGAUGGCGAACCUAUGGCACGCGUGCCACAGGUGGCAUGCCAGGCCCUUUCUGUGGGCACGCGGCCAUAGGUUUGCCAUCAAUGCAGAGUAGGCACCUGCCUGCCCAAAACGGCAGGCGCCUACUCUGCUUCCAUGUCGGGAGGCAGGGGGAGGGAUCUGUGAAGCAGCUCCCCUGUCCUCCCGCGAGCAAGCUGUGUGGAGCGUUGCAGCGCGUAAAUAUGGCAACGCUCCACACCGCAUCGUGCGGGAGGACAGGGGAGCUGCUUCACCCCUACCCACCUCCCCCCCCCACAGACACAGUACCCCUACCCCCCCACACAGAGUGUGUAUUCAGUGGACUGUGUAUGUAUUCAGCAGUCUGUCUGUAUGUGUAUUCAGCAGACUGUGUGUGUGUGUGUGUGUGUAUUCAUCAGUCUCUGUAUUUAGCAGUCUUGUGUGUGUGUGUAUUCAGCAGUCUGUGUGUAUGUAUUCAGCAGUCUGUGUGUGUAUGUAUUGCAUUUGUUGGAGAUACUAAUAAAUAUAAGCUUAAUUUUAUCUAUUUAUAUCAUUAUUUAAAAUUUGUAUCAUUGAAGUCUCUGUUGUUGUGUUCUUUUAAAACAAAAGUUGUUAAUUAGUUCGGACAACAGUACAAGCUGUUUUUUCUAAACUUAAACCUCAGUAUUGGGAAAAAAGUUGGCGUGUAUUGCGGUUUGGGCACUCGGGCUCAAAAAGGUUUGCCAUCAUUGCAAUAAACAAACCUCAUGUGUUGUGCUUGGUGCAUUUGAAGUUUCACUCCAAACAUCUUGCCUACUACAGCAUCACCCGGACCCCUUCUAAAACGGUUUGAGUACUUAAGCAGAGAACUCAUUGUAAGUUAUAUUUUCAGUUGCAUAUGGGGAAACCAGUUGAAGCAUUUGUUGUGUUGAGAUAUUUCAAUUGCUUUUGUUUGAUUUGUUCAUUGCAUCAGCUGAAAGCCUGUAAAUUUAAUAAACCUAACUUUCAAAGAGGGUUGAAUAAUUGAGAGAGAGAGAGAGAGAGAGAGAGAGAGAGAGUGUGUGUGUUUUCUUUACUUGUUUCUAACCAUGAACAAACCAAAAUGCUUGCUUACCGUAAGUUUAAAAAAAAGUUAGUUUUUUUUGUUUUUUAUUUUUUUAAAAAAGGGGUAGGGAGAAUAGGUUAAAUAGUCACUAAAUAGCAGUGUUUAAUUAUUAUAGUAAAUGUAUAUUGGAAAUGAAAAUGUUGAGAGCUUGUGUGAAUUACUGUUAUUUUAUUCUGUCUGUGUGUAUAACUGUUUUGUUAGUGCUGCUGGACUUCAAAACUUGGAAGAUCUUCCUCCUUUUUUUUUGUGUGUGUGAGAGAAAAAUAAUAGAUGCUGCUUUGUGGCAUCCAUAUUAAAAAUGGGUAAUUUUCCUUAUGGUCCCUGUCUUCCUGCUGGGUUGAUAAUGUUUUGAUGUAUUUUUCUUUUGCUCUGAUGAGAGGUCUGCCGCUGCUGCUCUGACAUAUUCAUUUGGAUGAAUAAUUAUAACUUGCACAAUGUCAAGCAGAAGAUGGUAGGGUUUUGUGCGUCAUGACAAGUCUAGUAGCCAGUGCAGGUGUCUCACAGCAUGAUCAGAAACAGCCCGUGAAUUCUGGCUCAGAGGAGACAUUUAGAGUGGUAAGAAAUCAGCACCAAGGGCAACGGCGCUGCUUCUGUUCCUGUGCUAGUCAAAUAAAAUGCAAAGUGCUUCUCAAUGACAAGUUUUAAAGCAUUCAUUUAUUUGAGUUGUAGAUUUUGUUUUAAUUAACGGGAUAAUUUGUUAUUCAUUAAAUGUUUAGCAUGAAAAGCAGCUUUGUCACAAAAGCUGAAUGUGGAAAUAUUAGUGCCCCUCAAGAAUAAUUAUCCACACACUCGGACCAUGUAUCACUGUGAUGCAUAUGUGGACUGAAAAUGACUAAUGGGAGUCUGCAACCCGAGAUGCCCUAAAGUAUGAAGGCCUGAAAGGAGGAUUGUUGUAAAUGACACUAUCCUCUUGCCAUCAUUAGCAAGACAUUGUACAAGCUAUGAUUAUUCACCGAAAUGAAUAUGUCAGAGGAUGGCUUGCCUUAAAGGAUUUUUUUUUUCUUUUCUUUUUUUUCCCUUCAGCAAAGAAAGAAAAGACAUAUGCCUUUUGUGUGUUGUGUUAUUUGUGUAGUAUUUAACAGCAACACUCUAUACUCACAUAAUUCCUAUUUUUCUGUAUCGAUACAUAUAUUUUUUUUGUUUCCUUUUUUCAUGCAUUUGUAACACCUCAAAUAAGUAAAAAGAGAACAGGUGACAAUUUCUCCAACCUCUAAUUAUGUUGUUAGCAGGGACACUGCAGAUGCAUUGUUUUACAACUGUAAGUUAGAAUUGGUAUGUGCAUGAAAUUCAAUUACCAAUACAGUUCAUUUAUUUAUCUAUUUAAAAAAAAAUGUUGAGCCUCAUGAUGGCAUGUGUUGCAUUAUAAAGACUUCUUCACAUGCUUACAAGUAGUGUUACAAUAAAUAUUUAGACGAUUCUCAUCUCUGCUCUUGGACAUCUUAAACAUCCACAUCAUGGGUACAGUGAGACAUUGUUGGUGCCAGAUUGCUUUUAAGUGUUGUCCUGGCAAUAUGUAUUUGUCAAGUCCAUAAAUAUAGAAAGAGAUCUCUUCAAAUCCUUAAGUGUCGUACCUGUAAAACUCCCAACAGUUGCAGUCAGUCUUCCAGUUGAUAUAGGUGGUUGCAAACAGUUAAUCUGUGACAGAUCAGAUGUUAUUGAAGUAUUCAUGUUUCGAUCCUACUAGAUGAAAAUUUUCCUUAUAUUAUAGUGCAUAAAAUCACUGGUGGUAUGUCCUGGGUCUUUCUCAACUGUAAGAUUGAAAAUUCUGACAUAAUAGUGAGGGGCAAAAUAUUUAUUAUAGCCUUAUAUAAACACUGUACAUAUGUUUCAUAUUAAAACACAAUCGAGCUAAAUUACUUUUUUUUUUUUAUAUAUUUUGAAUUUGUCCUUCCAGAAUACCCUGAAAAAUAUAUAUGAUCAAGUUUUAGCAACACUGGAGUCCUUAAAAGAUUUUUGGGAUGCUUUAGAUGAAAUUGACAAGAAUACCUGGGUCCUGGAACCAGAAAAACCCACUCGCAGUGCCACUAUGAGGAGGAUUGCACUUGGUUAGACAAUAUUUUUUAUUCUUUUUUUUUAAUUAUUAUUAUUUCAUAUCAUUAAGUUUAUCAAAUAAAUUAUCAUUAACAAACAGUUCUUCAGAUGGAAAUGGUUAUCUGUUUGCAAUAAAAAAAAAAAAGCAGUGAAUGCUUGCUAAAACAUUAUUGGGGACCUUUGACAAUGGUCAGACAAGUCUUGAUCAUCAUAUUAAUAUAUGAAGCUACUACGUAAGCACAACAAAUAUUACCUCACUCAAAAUAGUUUUAAAAUUAUUGGUGCUUCCUAACUGCACAACCUUGCUAGCUAAAGGGGUUUUGGAAAAAAAUACUUUAUGUAUAACCCCAUAUGCAUUUUAUUUAUUUUUAUUAUUUUAUUUUUUUCUGUUAUAGGUACCAAUGUAUCAAUUACAAUUGACCUUGAUCCUAGACAUCCCACCAUGCUUCCUGAGUGCUACUUUCUUGGAGCAGACCAUGGUGCGCUAUUGUUUUAAAAUUGCUCUAAAAAGAUUCAAGAACAAACCCUUUCUCGUUUACAUGUAGUAUACCAUUCAUGUUCUCAUUUGUAUAGUCUGUAGUCCCCUAGAGCCCCUACGGUGACAUCUGCCUAGUCUGUGUUAUGUGUUACUAUGGUUUGCAUAGGGAGCCAUGUGACAAUUAAUGUUCAAACUCGCAUAGAUCUCUUAGAUUUUAGAGAAAUCUAACCACAUUUGCUAUGGAAACAUUGCAUAGAUUAUAAAGUGUCAUUGCAAUUAAAAAAAAAAAACUUUUUCCUUCUUUUAUUCCACUGAACACUUUUUGAUAUUAUUAACAAAAUGCAGAGGUUACAGCACAAUGUGUUAUAGCACCCACAAUAUGGAGAUCACAAACUAUACUGAGAGCGUGUUACAGAAGAAUACAAACAACAGUAAAUCUUAGGGGUCAUGGAAGUACAAUAAAAGUUUCAGGAUUGUAUGAGAUGAAGUAGACCCCGUGUUACAACAUAUAUUUAGCUUGUUUACAAGUGCCAAUUGAUGUCUGUGACCUUAUAAAUGAACAUUUGUAUUCUAAUUAUUUUGUGUUAACAUAUAUAUUUCUUCUAGUGGUAAAUCCCUUAAAAGAUAAAUUGAAUUCCAAUAUACAUUUAUGGUAAGUGUCAAUAUAUGUGCCAAAAUCUAUUAGUGACUUUAAUACACAGGGGUUAGAAAACCGUGUUAGUGCUAAGUUUUCCAGGUAUAAUUACUGCACAAACAGUACUACUCACUUUGUGCAUAUAUGUGAGAAGCACUGAUUGCACACAAGUUAUUCUUGUAGAGCGCUCACCUUAUUAUUUUUAUUUUGUUCAUAUUUAAGUCACAAUGGGGGAACAGUGGUGGGGGGUGCGUAGCAGCACAAUGUUAAAUCUUUUUCAGUUUUGUCUUGGUUACUGCUGUAACCUAUACUUGUUCUAUUUGUGGUCAUGUAGGUUUUCAGGAUUUGAAUACAUGCCCUUUUUUGGGGUGGGAUUGGGGAGUUAUUCAGAAUUGUUCUACAUUUAGUGCAUGCAUGCAUAAUACUGCACAAAAUAUAUGCUUCUUUGUGUAUAAAGGAUUAUAAUUGUGCAUUUGUUUUGAUUAUUUAUUUUUAUUUUAUUUUUAUUUUUUUUACACCAGGGAUCCAGAGAACGGCUUGCUGCAAAAUUUGAAAGAUGUCUUGGAAAUUGAAUUCCCAUUAAGGUCUAAUUUAGAAAAAGCAGUGAGUUCAUUAAAAUAGUCAUGUUUUUAAGUUAACCCAUUAAUUUCCAUGUUUUGACUGGUAUAACAUUCGCUUAAAUUGUUAAUAUUUUUUUCUGCUCUUUUCAUUUCUCAACAUAAAGUCUGCACUUCCAUUUCAAUAUGCUAAGGCCUUUUAUUUAUUUCAGAGCUCAUACUAACAGCUGGUCUCCUAACCAUAACAUGCUAAUUAGGAUGCUUAAAAACAGUGAUUACUUACGCUUUGCAUACAGCAAAAUGCUUGAUUGUAGAUUCCACAUAUACAGUGCCGUAUAAGUAUUCAUCCCCCUGGACAUUUCCAAAUUUUGUUUUGUUACAGCCUGGAAUUCAAAUAAAUUUUAUUUGACUUUUUACUGUUUGAUUCUUAUACCUUACCAGACAUGUUUAACGUGCAAAAUAUUUAAUCCUUUUUUAACCUUUCCAAAACUUGAAUGUCUGUCUUAAAAUGGCCUUAUCAUACAAUUGAGAAUCCUUGACGAAGUUUGCUGUUCACAUACAGUCCACAUCAAACCUGACAGAGCUUGAGAAAUGUAGCCAGGAAUUGUCAAAAUGUGCAAGACCUAUGUGGGUAGGUCUGCAGUCUAACCAUGGAAUGUGAGUCCCUUAGUCUGCAGUAUAACCAUGGAAUGUGGGUCCCUUAGUCUGCAGUAUAACCAUGGAAUGUGGGUCCCUUAGUCUGCAGAAUACCCAUGGAAUGUGAGUCCCUUAGUCUGCAGUAUAACCAUGGAAUGUGGGUCCCUUAGUCUGCAGAAUAACCAUGGAAUGUGAGUCCCUUAGUCUGCAGUAUAACCAUGGAAUGUGAGUCCCUUAGUCUGCAGUAUAACAAUGGAAUGUGGGUCCCUUAGUCUGCAGUAUAGCCAUGGAAUGUGGGUCCCUUAGUCUGCAGUAUAGCCAUGGAAUGUGGGUCCCUUAGUCUGCAGUAUAACCAUGGAAUGUGGGUCCCUUAGUCUGCAGUAUAGCCAUGGAAUGUGGGGCUCUUAGUCUGCAUAAUAACCAUGGAAUAUGGGUACCUUAGUCUGCAGAAUAACCAUGGAAUGUGAGUCCCUUAGUCUGCAGUAUAACCAUGGAAUGUGAGUCCCUUAGUCUGCAGUAUAACAAUGGAAUGUGGGUCCCUUAGUCUGCAGUAUAGCCAUGGAAUGUGGGUCCCUUAGUCUGCAAUAUAGCCAUGGAAUGUGGGUCCCUUAGUCUGCAGUUUAACCAUGGAAUGUGGGUCCCUUAGUCUGCAGUAUAACCAUGGAAUGUGGGUCCCAUAGUCUGCAGUAUAGCCAUGGAAUGUGGGGCUCUUAGUCUGCAUAAUAAACAUGGAAUAUGGGUCCCUUAGUCUGCAGAAUAACCAUGGAAUGUGAGUCACUUAGUCUGCAGUAUAACCAUGGAAUGUGGGUCCCUUAGUCUGCAGUAUAACCAUGGAAUGUGGGUCCCUUAGUCUGCAGUAUAACCAUGGAAUGUGGGUCCCUUAGUCUGCAGUAUAACCAUGGAAUGUGGGCCCCCUAGUCUGCAGUACAACCUGUCCUGUGUAAUUAUGUAAGGGGGUCAGAGAUUUCCCAGUCCACUAUUUCUUAAGGGUUAAUGGGAAUAGAGGGUGCCCAAAAAAGACCUGUAAAAAUAAAUGUGAUAUUUAUCUGUUGUAUUCUUGCUUGAACACAUCAUACAAGAUAAGGUGUGAGGAACUUCUUUAUCUUGACAGUCCUAACUUAUCAUUUGUUGUGAACAGAAGAUAAAUCAAAUGCAUGGUAUAUCCUAAGGACAACAAAAAGAUAUAACUGUCUGUAUCUGUUUUUUUAGGAUUUUAGCAUGGACUGUGGUAUAUGUUAUGCUUAUCGGCUUGAGUCUGCCAUUCCAGACCAGGUGUGUGAUGAUCCUCGGUGUGGGCAACCAUUUCACCAAGCGUGCUUAUACGAGGUAAACUUGGAAGAAACAGUACCAUUCUUUAAUUAUUUUAUAUAUAUAAUAUGUUUUUUUUGUUUUUUUUUAUGGGUUUGUGGAACGCAUUUGUUUAAAAAUACUAAAGCUAUCGAGAGGAGAUGGCAUAUAGGCUAAUGUUAAACUUAAAAUACAUAUUGUGUUUGUAAAUAGUGUAUAUCCCCCUUAGAUAAAGAGUAGCUGUAAAAUCUCUAGCUUCAUUUUCCUGUACAGUUGUGAACUCUUCUUGACCUGCUGUUUUAAUUUCCAGUUUAUUUUAAUUAUAUAUUUAUAGUUUCAGAUAUUUUUGUAAGCAACUGGAGCUUGUUUUUAAUAGAAUAUGUGCUUCAUGUCCAUAUUCAACCUCUGAUGUCCUACUGUAGGACUUUUAAUAAUUAAGCUUUUAAAGGUGCCAUUUUUAUUAACCUUGGAAAUGUGCAAGGAAUGGAGGUUUUCAGGUUAAUAAGGUGAGUGAUUGAAGCUUCUCAUCUUUGAGAGUCUAAAACCUUGGACGGCACAAAAGCGCACAUAUGAUCAAGGUCAGCCUUCCUAUUUCUAUAUGCUUUUAACAACAACGAAAUACUUUUAUAUUCAUAUUCAUUAAAGGGGUUUUUUUUUCUGUAGAAAGCAACAUUUGUUACAACUUCAAAUAAGCCGAAAAACACUUUUUUUUUUUUUUCUCUCUAUCAAUUUAAAAUAUAAACAAAUUGUAAAAUCUAUUCAUAUGAAUCCCUUAACGAAGCAUGAUGGAAUUAUUCCAUCAUGGAUGUCCUUCCUUUAAGCACCCAUGACGAAAUAAUUCCGUCAUGCACUAAAAAUUACCUCAGAUGAAUGGCGGGGUUAAAGCUGUUGCUGGGCACUUCAUUGUCCCAGGCAGACCAGCAACAACAAAUCAUGAUGUUCCAGCACAUGCGAUUGCCCAUCACAGUGCUUUGAGGUCAUAUGAUAUGCCUUCCUCCACCUCGCACUGUAUUGUGAAGUGAAAAGAGACGGAUUGUGGUGAUACUUUGUAUUUCUGAGUUUUAAAAAAAAGUAUUUUAACAGUUUCAUAACCCCUUUUCAGCCCCCUUUGCAAUAAAUUAAUAGUUUCCCUGCUGUCAGACUACUUUUUUUUAUCCAGGUUUAAAUUUAACCUUUUAUUUAUUUUUAUAACAAUUCAAGGUUUUUUUGUUUUGUUUUUUUUACUGAUUUUAUUUUUGUAAUUUAGUUAUUUGGGUUUGUGGGAAAUUGCAAAGCUUAGUGUUAAUCUACGGGUUAAAAAAAUAAUAAAAUAAAGUUAAAGUUGUUAACAAUGCUUAGGAAGUUUAUUGCCGAGGACGCUUACAGAACAGACAGCCUACUCAGAGGAGACACAGUGUCUCAAAUUGUGAUGCAGGUGACUUCAAUUAUAUGCCUGAUACUGCAGGGCCCACAGCAGAAAGUGUUGAUUCCCCUGGCACUGCUUAUGAUGAAGAUGACAGAGAACGCUCUGAUGAUUUUUCACCUGAUAUUCCUGGGUUUACUGCAACUCCUGGCAUGUCUAGCUAUAGCCUACUGGAGAUUAAAAAACUUCUUCUGGGGGAUGAUAUUUUGGGAACAUAGAGUGUCUUAUAACUAGAAAAGAUAGAUUGUACCCCACUGGUGUGUACCUGAAAUAACGCAAAUCUGAGUACUCACAAUGCUAAUGGGGAUAAUAGGGAAAGCCAAGUCAAGCAUAAGGUUAUAUGGGUACAUGCAUUCCUUUUUCCCUAGACAAUGGGUUCAGAUAUGAAAUGAUACUGUGAUUUAUGCACUUUAGCGACAACACUCAGAAAGUAACGCACCCUCCUAAUUUCCCACUUUAAUUUAAGAUUUGCAAGCCUAUAUAACCCUCCCCACCCACCCAACAAAUGUAUCAGGGGUGAUGUAUACACAAAAUUUGGAGUGCCAAAAAUUGCCUACCCCUGUUCCAUGGAGUCUGAACUGUUUGAUUUGUACUUUAAACCCUGCUGGAUAAAACAUAUCAGAUACCUGUGCUAUUUGUGACAUUUCUAAUAUCUGCAACGAAAGCUAGUCACUAGCCUACAUACAGAUAAUGUAUCUUUGUCCCUUACCUAUACAUUUGUCACUUUGAAACUGCGUGGCUGCAGUACAUAGAGGGGAUAGAUUGGCUAAUAGAUUUCAAAACAUUUUUGUGCACAGUGUCAGUUCUGCUCAGAACAGGGAUUUCCAGAGCUUCAGUUCUAUUUAUGAAAGCUGUCAGCUUAACUAGAAGGGAGAGGCAGAAAGAGUUGUUAAAUUAUGUCCUGUUUCUUCCUCAAGAAGAAAGUAUUUUAGAAUACCAAAAACAGUGCUAAAUAAAUAUGUUGGCACUACAUAAAUAAUUGUAUUUUUGGUUUAGGUUUUUCAUUUUGCAUACAUACUUGCGAAUUAUAAUCUAUCUGGGUUAUUCAGUAAAGUCCAAAUGGCCCUUACGAAUAGGACUGUUAAAUUGCAUGAACAAUGUCCGGAUUUGCAGGGUCCGGAAUUGCUUCGCACCACAUUGACAAUUAUCAUAUUUACUAAUGUUUAGUGCAUAACAUGGUCCAUCUCAGACCUCCUUAACAUAUCCUUAAUCAUAAAAUGCAUAAAUGUGUUUGUACCCUUCAAUGUGAAGGAACUAGAGCAGUGGUUGUCCACAUGCAUUGACUUCAAAGGUGAUUUAUUUUCUUUUCAAAUGCACUAUACAAAUAUGGGUUGUACCAUGCUUGCACUCUCCCUUUAAAUGUUUCAUGUUUGCCAUUUCAAAGAGCAUGUGUUACCUUCACUAAACUAUUGUACUAAACUAUUGUACAUUGAUCUACAAGGUUUCCGUGGGAGUGGGGGGGCAGCAUUUACUGCCCAUCUGUCUAUGGCUAAAGAUUGAUUAGCAGACACAUUUCUUUAUUGGUUAAAGGGCAGCAUUGGUUCAAAAAGAAAUAUAAUUGGGUUGCAUCUGCUUAAUUCUGUUUUUGUAUUGCCAUUCUCCAGUAGAGAUGGAAGGGUUGCAAAUGUGACAUUAACUUCUAGAUUGUAAGCUUGUUUGAGCAGGGUACUCAACUAUCUAUUGUUACUGUUACAUUUUGUUAUUGUCUCAUUUGGUAAAUUCCCCUCUUAUUGUAAAGUACUGUGGAAUAAGCUGGCGCUAUAUAAAUAAUACCCAAUAAUAAUGAUAAUAAUAAUAAAAAUAGCUUACAGUACAAAGAUGGUUCAGGCACUCCAAGGUUCAGAAAUGGCAAAUUUAUUAGAACCCACAGCAAUGUUUCGACCUUGUGGUCUUUGUCAAGCUAUCAAAUACAUAUAUCGUCGCAAAGUAAUUCAAUCAAACCGUACUUAACAAAUGUGUAAUUAAAAAAGAUAGUGACAGCUGUUGCAGAAAACCCAAAACCGAUGGAAAAUAGUCAAAGGCACAUUUAAAAUCAAAAAAGAUAAAUAAGUAAUAACUAACCGUUGGAAUUUUUUGAAAAGAGAUUAAUACCGCCAAAAUAAAUUAAUUUAAACAGCAAGUAAAAUAUCCUGUCCUUGAUCAAUAAGAUGUUCCCACUAAAGUUUAAAUUAUUCUGCGAAAAAAUAACACAUCUGUACACAUACUUUAGAACAUCAUAUUAGAAUAUGAAACAUUAUCAUAUUAAAGGAUAUACUAUACAUAAUAAAGCCCUAUCCAAAUCACUAAAGUGCCAACAAAUAUAUACCUCAAAAAUUAUCAUAUAUAAAAAUUUAAGCCCUUAGGGUUAAGAGUAUCUAGUUCUUUGAUCCAAAAUGCUUCUCAGAAUAAUAAUUUAUUUUGUCUAUCCCCACUUCUGGGGUUUUCUUGAAUAUGUUCAAUUAUCUGGAACCUUAAUUGGGAAAAAUUGUGAUGGGCUUCUAUAAAGUGCAAUGGUAUAGGUAAUUCUAAAAGACCUGUCCUUCUCAUUGAUUUGUGUUUUGAGAAUCUGUCCUUCAUUUUUUGAGUGGUUUGACCAACAUACAGUAACCCACAUGGACAUUUAAGAAUCUAUAUAACAAAUGUGGUUGUACAUGUCACAAACUGUGUGAUAGAAUAUCCUUUUCCACUAUGUGGCUGAUAGAAAACUGAUCCUUUGAUCAUAGAGUUGCUACAAAUGCAAUUGUAAGAAGGGAAAUUGCCCCUCUUAUGUGAUCCUUGUAUGGGUGACAUGGGUAACUCUGCCCUCACCAACUUAUCUCGUAAUGAUGAGCCUGUUUAUAGACAGAUAUUGGCUUAUUUCUAAAUUCUUAAUAUCUGGACGAUGUCAGGGGAUAAAGUGCAGAAGCAGGAAAUACAUUUUACCCUAUUGCCUAUGUCCCGAUUUAGGUUUUGAUGUAAAUAAAUCCUGUCUACUUAGAGUUUUCACAGAGUCUAAUUAAUUUUUCAACAAAAUUGAGGGAUAACCUCUUUCCUUAAAUCUUUCAGUCAUAUCUUCUAAUUGUUGGUACGCUGGUUCUGUACGAAAAAUCAGUCUCUUGACUCUCAUGUAUUGGCUUUUAGGUAAAGCUUUAGAAAUAGAGGGAGGAUGAAAAAUGCCAUAAUGUAAAAUCAUAUUUCUAUCCAGCGGUUUUCUAUAUAUGCUGGUCUCCAAUUUCCCAUUUACUUUGGAGAUGAGGAGAUCAAGAAACGGAAUAGAAUCAAUAUCCGCAGUUAUAGUGAACUUAAUUGUCUCAGAACAGCCAUUCAAGAAAUCCCUCUUCGAGGGAUUCCAAUGGGCCAUACCACAAUGCCAGUGCAUCAUCAAUAUAUUCCCACCAUUUAAGGGCAUAUAUCUGAAAUAGCUCAUUUUUGUAAAUUAUGCUGUCUUCCAAUUGGGCCAUGUAUAUGCCGGCAUAUGUGGGAGCCACAUUGGAACCCAUCGAAGUCCCCCUCAUUUGACUAAAGAAUUCAUCCUUGAACAGAAAAUAAUUUUCAGUCAUUACAAAUGUAAGAAGUUGUAGUAUAAAAGACAACAAAGGAUCUUCAAAACCUAGUCUUUGGAGUGCCAUACUCAUGGCUGUAAUGCCUCCUUCAUGCGGAAUAGAGGUAUAUAGAUUGUUUACAUCGAAUGUAACCAAAAUUAUAUACUGCACAUUUUCUAUUUCCUCUAAUUUUUGCAAUACUUCUGUGGUUUCUCUAACAUACAACUUAAUCUCAGGUAAGUAUGGUCUGACAAGCUGGUCAGUCUGUACUUUCUUGUAUGUUUCAUUAUCAUUAAGUUGCCUCUCUAUUUCCUUAAAGGACCACUAUAGGCACCCAGACCACUUCAGCUUAAUGAAGUGGUCUGGGUGCCAGGUCCAGCUAGGUUUAACCCUUUUUUCUAUAAACAUAGCAGUUUCAGAGAAACUGCUAUGUUUACAAAUGGGUUAAUCCAGCCUCUAGUGGCUGUCUCAUUGACAGCCGCUAGAGGCGCUUGCGUGCUUCUCACUGUGAUUUUCACAGUAAGAAGACGCCAGCUUCCAUAGGAAAGCAUUGUGAAUGCUUUCCUAUGAGACUGGCUGAAUGCGCGCGGCUCUUGCCGCGCAUGCGCAUUCAGCCGAGGAGUAGGAGGAGAGCUCACCGCCCGGCGCUGGAGAAAGAGGUAAGUUUAACCCCUUCCUCCCCUUCAGCCCGGCGGGAGUGGGGCCCUGAGGGUAGGGGCACUAUAGUGCCAGGAAAAAGAGUGUUUUCCUGGCACUAAAGUGGUCCUUUAACAUAGUUCACUCUUAUCCAUUACCACAAUUGCACCCCCCUUAUCUGCUGGUUUCACAACCAAAUCGUGAUCUUCUUUAGGGGUUUUAAUGGCUUUUAUAUGGUUUCUAGAUACAUUUUGGGUUGUCUAUAUCUGUUUUUUUAGGUGGCUAUGUUGGAAUAGAGUAUCAAUGUCUUUUUUCACCUAUUUAACAUAUGUUUCUGUUGCAUGAUCUAUAUUAGGUGGAUUAAACUUACUCUUGUUUUGCAACUUUGUGUCACCUAAUUUUAACAGUCUGUUGUCAGAUUCCAUCACAUUGGUAGGAAAAAUAGAUUUGUUAAAGAAAACUUUCAAUCUUAAAUUACGAAAUAAUCAAAGAUCAAUAUUAAGGGGUUUGGGAGUGUAAACUGGGCAAAAUGUCAAACCUUUUUCCAAGCCAGACUGUUCUUUUUCUGACAGUUCCCUUGAAGAUUAGUUGAUUACUGUGUUUUCUUUCGCUUCUGUGGAGCCUUGUUCUUCCACAUUGCUUGUAACGUUUUUCCUCUUGUGACGACUCCUUUGGAUUCUUUUGUAAUGUCUUUUAUGGAAGCCUCCCUAGAUGGGGGGGUCUCCCCUAAAAAAUAAGCAGAGCUAUUUUGUGACUGGGUGCCUUGGGAUGAAGUGGAAGACAUGCCAGCUGUUGUUCUUUUCUUGUUUUUCUGGAACGUUCUGUUUUUAAAUUGUCUCUGAAAUGAAGGACCAUAAAGAUUGUUAGUCUUAUGCCAUUUAUAUACAUUCCGAUUCUCGUAAUCCAAAAGAUCUCUUUGAAACUUCAUUUUUUUCCUUUCUUUGAUUUUCUUUAAAUGAGCGCAAAAAAACUGGACGCAAGAGUAUACUGAGAACAGGCCUGUCCUUCGGUGGGACCCCGCUCAGAUCUCAAGCUGGUUUUAGCUCAUCUUGUGCCAUUACAGAGAGAACAUCUCUGAAACAUAUCAGACUGAUCCCACCUGCACGAGAGACACAGCAACCCCAGACAAUCGUUUCAGCCUUGUUAGGCAUCAUCAAUGAGGCAUAGCUGAUAUCUCUCUAGGCACGGUGAGCAAGGGGUCAACGUCUGGAUUACCCUUUAAACGUAUGGAGAGCAAAAAAACUGGGCGCAAGAGUAUACUGAGAAUGGGCAGCAGCUGAAAUAGUCUGUCCUUCGGUGGGUCCCCAUUCAGAUCUCAAGCUGGUUUUAGCUCAGUUUUAGCUCAUUUUCCUUAAAUGAUCAACAUUUGAAGCAAUCUUGUUUCUUACUGAUAACAAUUUCUCUCCUUGAAAGUGCUUUUCUAUUUCAGCCUCUAAUUGCACAACCUCAUUUUUGGUUUUGUCUAGAAAUUCCAAAUUCAGUCGCAUCCAGUCCAUGGAGCAUUUAUUAAAAAUAGCCUUCAGUCUUGAACAACAUAUUGCAUUUUCUUUAAACAAGGUGGGUUAAGCAUGCGUCCGCAUACCCUUAGGAUUACGCUUGGUCUUUUAAUGUUAAUAAAUUCAUAUUAUAAUUAUUAAUUUAAAAAAAUUAAAAGAUGCGUUUUAGAAAAACAGACCCUUUUUUUUUUUAAAUUUGGGUUACAUCUUGAUCUAUAUUAAACACGUGGGUUUUUUUUCUCUUUUUUUUUUUUUUCUCAGUGGUUAAGAGGACUUCCUUCCAGUAGACAAAGCUUCAAUGUCAUGUAUGGUGAAUGUCCUUAUUGCAACAAGGUAAAAUUACAGUUUGUCUGUACUCUUAUUCACUAUUUUUAUUCAAACCCUAUUUAAGGAACUAUAGAUAUAUUUGGAUUUCGAAAUCAAACCAAUAUUAAGGGCCCACAUCUCUUAUUUUGAUUUUUAGUCUUCACAAAAUAAAAAUAAGUCCUCAAGCCUCCCCGAUAACUUACCUUUCAGAUUGUAAUCUUGUGGACAGGGGGCUCACAAAAGAGAUAUGACAUGAAAAGUGUAAAGUAAAAUAAAGCCUAUUGGUUAGCUAUAAUCUCUGGUACGUAGCUUAUAUUUCAGAAGUGGUCUUGAGCAGUGUACAUAUUUUAUUUACAGGUACACUAUAGUGGCAGGAAUACAAACUAAUAUAGUUCUAAUAUUGCUAUUUAGGUCUCUGACGACCCCCCAUCCCCUAUUAAAAAGGUGAUUUACUCACCUUUUUCCAGUAACUCGCAGCUCUGCCCACAAUCCGCCCCCUUGACUGAGAUCAUCAAAUUUGAUCAGCUAAGCCAGGCUUCCCCAAACUUCGGCCCGCCAGAUGUUGCUGAACUACAACUCCCAUGAUUCUCAGCCUAUGAAUAAAAUAGGCUGAUAAUCAUGAGAGUUGUAGUUUAGCAACAUCUGGAGGGCCGGAGUUUGGGGGAGCCUGAUCUAAGCCAAUCCAAUGCUUUCGAGGCUAUUGUGCAUGCACAGCAAAUCUUUGCGCUGCGCCAGUUAACAUCUUAAUCAGAAUCAAUGCAUCUCUAUAAGGAACGUUCAGCAGCACCUCCAUGCAGAGCGCAGAGAUGCUGAACGUCACAGCACUAAUCCAGAAAGCACCUUAAGUGGAAGCAUUGGAGUUGUCCCUUCUCUGAAAAGGUAGUGAUUACAUCAAAAUGUCUGCAGGGACAGGCUAUAGAACCAGAACAACUACAUUGAGAUGUAGUUGUUUUGGUGACUAUAGUGUCCCUUGAAUGAGCCGAUCUAUAAAACAGAUGCAAUGCCAGAUAAGCCACUUUUGAGACUUCUGGUUUAAAGGGUAUCUCUCAAGCCUCAAAACUACUUAUGCUCAAUCCUUUCUCAAAAGAGAGACAUUCAGACAGCUACCCACUAGUGUCUUCUGACAAAUAGUCUAUAUAACUUAAUCUAUUUGACUUCCGUUAUCAGCAUGCACAGUAGACAGUGGAUGUGCGUGCAGUAAUUUUCAUAUAGAAGUUUUGGAUUUAUGGAUUGCAAUAUUUGCUCUAUAUGAUGUAUGUCUCCAAUGAAGUCUGUCCUGGUGCUGAAAAGUAUGCAACUGUAAAGUAUGUUUUUUUUUUUUGUUUUCUUCAUGCACUGAUUAAACACACCUGUUUUUAAAAAGGGUAGUGAAGCAUUUUAUUAAAAUAUAAAAUCUGUUUAAUUCAUCUUAUCACUUUUUUUGUUUUUAAACAGCCAAUUACUCUGAAACUAUCUGCUAAAAGAUCUUGAGGUUUCCACCUGCUAGCAAUUCUUGAAUAUGAGUAAAGGAAAAACAAAGAUGCCACCAUAUUGUGUUAUAAAUUACAUAAUACACUGAUCAUUAUCAAGAGAAGAACUAUGAUUAAGCUAGCUGUAUAUAUGUUGCUUUGCUCCUGGUUAUUUUCUUCUGAUUGCCUUUGGGUUUUGCACUCUUCACGGAUACCGUUUUCAAAAUGUGAAGUUUCUCUGUCUUUACAAAUAUUGUAGUUUUGAACAAACCUUACAUUCACUGUACCCUGUGAAUAAAAGAAAAUAACUCUGGUUAAAAAGAAACCAUAUGUCUUGCUUUAUACUGUUACACAUUUUCACAAAGAGAGAAAUAUAUACUGGAAUACGGAGGUGUGUGCUGUUAAAUUAAAAUAUAGCCAAGUAUGCGGCCUAUUACUCUUCAGUGAAUGGGCUAAUGAUCACUCACAGAAAAGGUUAGCAGGCCCCCACCCACACACACCUAAAAGCCAUGCUGGCUAUAGGGCAUUAUUAUAUUGCCUGAAAGUUAGACCUAACUUUAUAUCCUUCCCCUCGCCUCCCUUCCCACUUGCGUCUGAAUUGUGGCUCUUUCUAUAAGUUAGCAAGGGGCUUAUGGAAUGAGCUAUAAGUCAGACCCCUCUUUCCUAGUUUUUCGAAUCCACCAAUUCUUUAUCUUCACCUACAUUACGGAGACAGUCCAGACGGUCUUUCAUGCAUAGCAUUUGAUACAUGUAAUUGGUCCAUUUAAUUUCCUCUAUACCACAACAAAUUCAUCUAAAUAAGCAACUCACUGUCUUGAGACAUUUAUGCCACAAACCUAUCUGUAUAAGGUUUUGUACCUUUACAGUCUCCUACAAACUGAGUUGGCUAAAUCCACACCAUCUGUCAUGGGAAAGUGCAAGAUGAUGCUCUGGGUUACGGUCACUCCUGCUCAGUAGUAUAAAACCAGUGACUUGGCUCAUCACUCCUUACUCUUGAGGAAAACUCAAGAGAGACAGCAUAUACUAGUGUUUUCCAAACCAUUACUCAAGACACAUCUACCAGUCCAGGAUUUAGGGAAUAACUAGUUGUGUCAAAGUGUUAGAUUUUUUUCUUUCUUUCUAAAAACUCCUUAGACACAACUGGGUAAUCCCUAAAUCCUGGACCUUGAGGACAGGUUUGGAAACCACUGGACUAUACAAUUGCUUUCUCAAUGGAACAGUGCAUUGCAUGCUCUACAACUCAUUGAUUAUACCAAUGAGAAAUACUGGUGGUGCUUUAAUGCUUUAGGCACACUCCUGCAAUGGCCAUCUUUGAUCAGAGGAUGUCACACUUUAACAGUGCCACCAAGCCCCUUGUAGAUGUGAAGUCACAGUGCUGGGAGGAAGUAUGUACCAGACUUCCAUGGUACUCAGCCAGAUGCCACCAGACCCCAAGGAAGUCACCUUUCUGCACCCAAAAGGUAUGGAAGCAUAGGGGUGGCUAAAAAUAUGUAAAUUGUGAUCUGUGUUUUAGUGUGUAUAUCUGUGUGUAUGUGCAUGCAUCCUAGCAAUCAAACGCUAGUUCUACAAACAAACAUAUACAAACACAACACACAAGUACAUCACUGCUUUCAAAUGGCAACAGUAGAUACGAAAACAUAACUGCAUCAAAUGCCAACACAACGCACCAAUACAUACAUGUUCAUACACAUACUCUAUACAAAACAUAUAUUCAAAACACUGCUCACAAAUACAACUCUGCCAGGGUGACCACAGGUUCUUCCUGAUAUUAUAAAUAAGGGUAGCUGAGGUGGUGGACCUAGUUAAAAUAUAAAAGCAUAGCUUUAUAAAAAAAAAUCUCGUAAUUCUUACUACUUUUCUUCAUACCAAACCGUCCGAUCCUGCUCUAAAACAUUUGCAAUGCAAGCUAAAGUUACCUCUACCUUUGGUUCAGUAAUGUUUACAAGUUGUGGGUUCCAAUCUCCCUGUUUUCGUCUCUGUAAUUCGUAAGGAUAUGGAGUGUAACCAUUGCUCGUAUACUUUACAUCUUUGUGUUUUUCAGCACUAACAUCUUUUGCAUAAUUUUUCCUAGGACUCUAAAAUAGAAAUGUAGCAAGAAUAAGAAUGCAUACAGGCACUAUUAAGGUAAGUAUCACAGUUGCUAAGGAAGUGUAGCUGGCUGAGUAUUAUAGAAAUGUAUACAUAUAUAAUCCAUAGCAGUUUCACUUUGAAAUGUUGGCCAUCACUGGCCUAGAAUAACAGAUAUUCUAUGUACAAAUGUGGAUUUAGCAAUUUCUGCAAUGCAGGAAUGAGGGCUACUUUUACUCUCAAUUGUCUGUAGAUAAAUAAACCUGAUCUGAUUUUAUCAUUAAUCUGUUGGAAACAUAGCAUAACUUGUUUUAUAGCUUUUGGACUAAGUUAUUAGUUUGUUUCUUUUCAAAUUCUGAGUUUUGUAGUUUUGGAAUAAAAAGCCUUAAUCAUCUUCUCUUCUUUAUAACCUUCAGUAUCCAGUAAUAGUUCUACAUGUCAUAUUGAAACACCGUAAAGGUUCCUGGCAGUUGCAGUUGAGUUGAUAACUGAAUUAGAAAUCCCAAAAACCUAUAUUUUGGGGGCAGUAAGGGAUUUAUAUAAAAUGGGCUGUGUGAAUAAAUCUUAUUUAAAAUUGACAGAUACAGUAUCUUAUUUUAUUUCAAACCUAAUAAUUACGCUUUAAACACUUAAACUGACACAUUAAAACUUGCUCAUUUCUAUUUUGCGUUUUAUUGCAUGCAAACCUUUGGUGAUUUCUGCAAUCUACUGGACUGAAGAUCACGAUUUGCCACAAAAUGUAGUUUACGGUCUGCCCCAGGACUAACUGAAUGAGAUCUUGCAUGUUCAAUAAUCUGUUGAAAAUAUAUUGUGAGAUAAAGUUUUUGAACAAGGCAAUACUCCUGAUUUGAACAUUUCUAAAAUAAUCAACUUGAGAAAUAAGACGGAUGGAUGUGUGAUUUAUACUGCUGAGUGGUUAGCGGUUUACCAAAGCACUUCAGGUCCACAUUUGAUCAUAUUAAAUGUUAGGGUAUGUUUGAUAUUGUCUUUAUUUCUGAGUGCUUAAACUCCACAAACAUAAAAACACGCAAUCAAAGCAUAGGGGUAAUGUAAACAAUAUUGAAACUGGACAAUAUUAUGGUCUUGCAUUAAAUGGUUAACGUGCAAACACACUGCUUAUUUUCGAGAAUGCCAGAUAUGGGUUAUACAGCACCAAAUACAUAAUACAAUGAGUAAAGUAAAAUUAGGAAGUUUGUUUUAAUUCUAUUCCUGCUCUGGUUGGUGGUUAUGGCAACCAGAACAAGUUCCCUUGUUUGGCUAGGCUGAUUUCCAGUACUGCCGCUGUCAGCAUCCUGUCUUGCCUCUCUAAUUAUGACCCUUUGUAGCCGGCCUGGACCUUUCAAGUGAAACAUAAUAGGAUAUUGUAUUAUCUCCACCACACACACAUGACGAGUGCCACACCAUUGUAGGUUUUUUCAGAAAAGUUUAUUUGCAAAUAUAUACUCUGUCCGUCUAUCAGGGGAACAAAAGUCCUGGCAAGUUCACAGUAGUGCUUGUUUGCUAUAACCAAAUAAUGGUCAUGCAGUAAAGUGCAGGUUAGUUUUAUGGACUACAACAAGAUCUAUACUCACUCGAGCUUAUUGUAAAACUUCUUUCACAGAGCAUGUGUGCUUAUUAGAAUUAAUUUUCUUCAGCCCUCCAUAAAAAUACAUGUAAACUUCUGAUUGCUUGUUUUAUUAUGUAUUGAAUACAGAUGAGCUAAACACAAAGCAUACUUUAUUUCCGUUAUUUUAUACAUUAAAACAUGACUGAUAGCCUACAUACAAUUUAUUGGCUUUCAUAACACUAGUCCAUUCAAAUUACAUGUUUUAAAACUACAUGUCUGAAUCUAUUAAGUAAAUGAGUUUAUUUAAAGCAAAUUUUAUUGCACUGUCACAUUUUGCUAAUCCUUUAAAGAGCACAAUAUUAAUCUUCCAAUGAUAAGUCUUUCCACUACUUCUAACCCUUUAUUUUGAAAGGAUGGCUUUCUAAGUUUUAAUGUUUCACAUAUGUUUGUAUUUUAUCUUUUUUUUUUUUCCUUUCUUAAAAUCCACUUUAUAAAUAAAGAUUGAUGGAUGGGUCUAAAGAGGUGCUCACAUCAAUGAGAAGAAAUCACAUUCUUACAGCAAUUAUUUGAUUUCUUGUACUUCUUUUUCCAACUCUACCCCAAAAUACUCAAUCUAGGUGAAAGGUUCACUCUGUUCAUGACUUAUGACAUACUAGUAGGACAGGUUUAUGGUUUAUUUAACAAUUCAGGAUAUAUCAGCACAUGAUGUGCUAAAUAUUACAAGGUAACUUAGCAGAGCUGGCAUUAAUGUUUGUGGUUGCUCAUGUAAGCAAAUAACACGCCAAAAGGAUAUUCUUCCUUGCACACGCUGCAAACAAAAAGCCUAAUUUGAACAAUGCAUCCAUUUUGCCCUUGCUGUAUACCAUCAGCCAAUGUUAAUUAAAGGGACACUAUAGUCACCUGAACAACUUUAGCUUAAUGAAGCAGUGUUUGUGUAUACAACAUGGCUCUGCAGCCUCACUGCUCAAUCCUCUGCCAUUUAGGAGUUAAAUCCCUUUGUUUAUGAACCCUAGUCACACCUCCCUGCAUGUGACUUGCACAGCCUUCCAUAAACACUUCCUGUACAGAGAGCCCUAUUUAGGCUUUCUUUAUUGCAUGUUCUGUUUAAUUAAGAUUUUCUUAUCCCCUGCUAUGUUAAUAGCUUGCUAGACCCUGCAAGAGCCUCCUGUAUGUGAUUAAAGUUCAAUUUAGAGAUUGAGAUACAAUUAUUUAAGGUAAAUUACAUCUGUUUGAAAGUGAAACCAGUUUUUUUUUCAUGCAGGCUCUGUCAAUCAUAGCCAGGGGAGGUGUGGCUAGGGCUGCAUGAACAGAAACAAAGUGAUUUAACUCCUAAAUGACAGUGAAUAGAGCAGUGAAAUUGCAGGGGAAUGAUCUAUACACUAAAACUGCUUUAUUUAGCUAAAGUAAUUUAGGUGACUAUAGUGUGCCGUUAAAUGUAAAUUAUUUUAUUUGUAACAUAGUGACUUCCAAAUGGGUAACAGGAGACUAUAUUCAGCAGAACAACUACAGCUUAAUGUAGUAGUUCUGUUUAUAGCUAUAAUUUAUGUCCCUGUUUUUUUUUAGUUUUUUUUUUAAGUAAACACUGCCUAGUAACACCUCUAGUGGCACUCAGUCGACCAAAGGUGCUUCCUAUUUUAGUGCUCUACAUGGAGAAGCAUGUGCAACAGCCUCCCAAUUGGAUUGGCUGAGAUCAUCACGAUUCAUGAUUAUCACGAUUAUCUCAGCCAUAGAGGCGGGGCUCUGGUGUGAGGGGAUAUGGCUAAGUAAACAGGCUUCUGGUGCAGCAUUCUACAAAGAAAUGUUUUGGUUGUGCAAAAACUAUAAAGUUUUGAACAUGCAAAGAAUACAGCAUACUAAUUAAGGCCAAGAUCUAUCAAAUGCAUGAACGUGCUGGUGCUCAGAGUGUCCCUUUAAUGUAGUCAAUUAAUAUAAAAUUGCUUAGGUUAAGACAUAAACAUCAGUAAUAUACAGCAGAUUUUUUUUAAAUGGCAUUCAAAAUCAUUGAGAACAUAAAGUUUGGUAAUGUAUGCUGUAAAGAACUAGCUUUUAAUAUUAUGUGUAUGGUAAAACAGCAUGUGUAAGGUUAGCUAUAAAUAUAAUAAGGUUCCAGUGGACAUAAAAUAAAAUGGUAACCGUAAUGAUCCGGGUCGUGUCUAUGGCGAUGGGUACACCCAUGACUUCUUAAUUUGCGCCAUACAAGCAUUGGGAGGUAUGUUGACCCGGGAAUUGCAAAAGUUAGACCAAAAUAACUAAAUAGGAGAUGAAAAAAAACUCCAGAUUGGCAAUUUUGCCUAAAAUAACAUUUUGCUUUAAUUUCUAGUUUGGUGAAGAAGUCUGAGUUACAGAGGUCCAUGCAUGAAUUUCAAUAUUUCAAUAUAUUAAUGCUAUUGGAAAAUGAAAUAAAUUAAAUUAUGCGUUUCCGUCCACUAAUUAUGUAUUUCCAUACAAUGCAUAGCACGUUUUUCACUUAAUCAGGAAAAAAAAUUUAUUCACUGAAAUCUAUUAUAACCUCAAGAAUUUUGUUCUUGUAAUCUUUAUAAAAGUACCCUGAUCUGAUACAGUUCUGCAAUAACCAGGCUAAUCUCUGGCAUUCAGAAAAUCACAGGAGAACUUAGAAUGUGUAUGCUUGCACUCAGUCAAUAGAACACAAGCCAGUGAAGUGCCUAAAUGCUGUUCAUAAAUCCCUUUUAAGUGGUAAUUGUGGUCAUAUUGGUUCAGUUUGAUCACAAGUCCUGUGUGUAUGAGAACAGGAAUACCUCAAAUUACAUCACUUUAAUAUCUGUUUAUUUCAAGUGAACCUGUCACCUAAAAUGUAUGAUUAAUCAACAGAGCAUAAAAACUGUCUAGGUGUUGUCCUACAAAGUAUUAUAAGAGUCAAAAUAUGUUUAAUAAUACAUUCCAGCCAAAAUCCAGUCAAGCAAAUCAUGCUUGUUUUAUUAACUGCCAGUGUUUAUAAAAUACCACACGCCUGGUAAGAGUGCAUUCUUCUUAGUCUAGGAAAAGAUAUGAAACAAGUUAGAAGGAUUUAGAAUACAAAAUGAGCUUUUGAUCAGAAAGAAGUUUGGGUGUACAUCAAUGGUAUAUGUUCCAACAUUUCAAAUGGACAAUUUUAAAUAAUGACAAUUUUAGGGAUGUGAGUUGGGGUAUGACCAUGGGCAGGGCUGUUUGGAGAUGUUCUAGGUGAUUUUGUAGUAAUUUGUGCAACUAAAAUGUAAUUUAGAAGAAAAACAAUGUAUCUUUACUUACACAGACUGGUUUCUAAACACAUGUAUUGUUGAAUAAAGACAAAUUACUGUGAGAAAAAUAGCUGUGGAGCUCUGGUAUACACUCAAACACACUAACAAUAUGGAGCAUUUAGAUAAUAUAUAUAUAUUAAGAUAGAAAAGUGGGACAAAGGGAUUUGGGCCCAAAAUAGGGACUGUACCUUCUAAAUAGGGACACUUGGGAGAUAAGCAAUUGACAAAAUAGGUUAUAAGCACAAGAACUAAGAGAGGCUGUGGGGACUUAAAGGGGAUGUCACUUUUCUGGAAUUUAUACCAUUGAAUAAAAUAUAAAAAUGCACCUAUAACACUCGUGUUAACCUUUUAUUCAUGGAUGUUACAAUUUCUUUUAAAUUUCGAUUUCUCAAAUUACAACAUAAUCUAGUAAAGGAAAAGCCAGGGCAAAAACUACAAGUGAACAGGCGAAAUAUAAACAUUGGGGAUUACGUACAAAAAAUGGUUGCAUACCGAAAAGUUGUCUAAAGUACUAAAACUGGCACACUCACUAUAGAAACUAGUGGAAUCGCAGGCAUAUUGCAUUGGUGACUUCUCACCUUUUCCCUGUUUUUGAAUGACUGCGGUGUUGGCAUCUUUACGGUUGUAUAGUAACAUUUUUAACCCUAUAAGGAAAGUCUGUCAUCAUAUUAAGCUGGUCCUUAAAGACCCUUAAGUGGCACUGUCACCACUGUCUGGGGUGUUUGCAGAAUUUGCAAAGACCCCUGAUAGUGAGAUCACCGCUGGGGAUCCAGUGGCUUGGAGAAAUAGGUGCAAAUGUGAUCACUAGGGGACAGCCACUGGAUGUUGAUUUUUUUCACAUAGUAAGUGAGAAGUUACCAGUUGAGGAGCAGAGAAAAGUAAAAAACAUCUCCUCUUCUUUUU